GAUGCCCCGCGCGCUCAGGCUGCGGUUUGAUGUCAGUGCGCGUGCUCCAUGUUUCUCGGUCCCCGCCCUGCCUCCCUCUUAAUCCGCGCCGUCUCCUAGCAACCGCUUAGUAAACAAGAUGGCGGCCGGUCCCUUGGCGUUCUGUUUCCAAGCAAUGCGCUCCUGAGCCGGAGAUCUCAUUAGCGGCCGGUGUCCGGGGUAGGAUGGCAGUGGCGAUACUCAGCCCGGAGUUCCGGGAGGAAUUCUCCCCUAUGGACUCACUGGAGAUGGCAGAUGAGAGUGCGGGGGGUUGGGAGCCUCCCAGCCCUGACAACGGAUCGGACCCCGGGGACUCCCUCAGUGACAGCGACAGCGAGCAGCAACACACCGACAUGGAGGUAACAUAAUACACACAGCCAUAUACAUAGACCCCCACACUGCCCACAGCUACAUACAUAGACCCCCACACUGCCCACAGCUACAUACAUAGACCCCCACACUGCCCACAGCUAUAUACAUAGACCCCCACACUGCCCACAGCUAUAUACAUAGACCCCCACACUGCCCAUAGCUAUAUACAUAGACCCCCACACUGCCCACAGCUAUAUACAUAGACCCCCACACUGCCCACAGCUACAUACAUAGACCCCCACACUUCCCAUAGCUAUAUACAUAGACCCCCACACUGCCAGCCAUAUACACCCCCUACACUGCCCACAGCUAAGUAUUGCUACAUAGACCCCCUACACUGCCCAUUGUGCUACAUACACAUAGACCCCACACUGCUCCACAGCUAGAUACAGACCCCACACUGCCUACAGCUAUGUUACAUAGACCCCCUGCCACUGCCCACAGCUAGAUACAUAGACCCCCAAGCUAAUGCCCACAGCUAUAUAUACAUAGACCCCCACACUGCCCACAGCUAGAUACAUAGACCCCCACACUGCCCACAGCUAUAUACAUAGACCCCCACACUGCCCACAGCUAUAUACAUAGACCCCCACACUGCCCAUAGCUAGAUACAUAGACCCCCAACACUGCCCAUAGCUAGAUACAUACACCCCAACACUGCCCAUAGCUAGAUACAUACACCCCAACACUGCCCAUAGCUAGAUACAUACACCCCAAAACUGCCCAUAGCUAGAUACAUAGACCCCAACACUAUCCAUAGCUAUAUACAUAACUCUAUAAAUACCCUGCCGGCUGACCACUGCCCAUAUAACUAUAGACACAGUGCAGCUGAACACUGCCUAUAUCUACCCACAUCUAUAUGAAUACAAUGCCCAUAUUUAUAUAGAUACAGUGCCAGUGGACCAUUGUCUAUUUCAUUAUAGUAAUGUGCUGCAUCACUGUAAUACAAGUACUGUUGCCUGACUUGUAUUUCUUUUUUUUUAAAAAUUUUUUUUUUUAACCUGCAGAAGGAAUUUGAUGGAGUUUUGCAGGAAGAAAUAGUCUCUGGUGGACUGUCCAGGUUGGGACGUUCAGCCCUUGGAAGCGAGCUUGUUUAUCUGGACUUAACACUCUGUGUAAGUAACAAUAUGAUACAAUUCUUAAACGAAAUAAAAAAUAUGUUUUAGUUAGCAUUGAUGACAAAAGGUAGGUCAAUUCAUUUCCUCCUUUGUUUUUUUUUUGUUUUUGUUUUUUUCUUGCACAUAAUUAUUUUAAAUUUUUUUUUACAUAAGUUUAGACAUUCCAUACUAGAGGACAGCCCACUAAUAGCAAUAAUUUGCACUAAUCUCUCGUUGUAGCGGCACUUUUUUCUACCUCGUAUAUCCUUUUUUAAUUUUUUUUAGACUGGUGAAUUGCCUCUUCACCUUCUCAAGGCGGCAUUGUUUCUUGCCUUCAGGUCUUUUGAGAUGUUUUUUUUUCUGUGUUAAAUGUAUGCGUGCUAAGUUUUUAGGUGUCUUUCUUUCUUUUCUUUUUUUUCUGCUCUUGGUUUUAUGUGCCCAUCUCGCAAGAGAGAUGUCGUGAAGGGAGGAGGUUCCACGAGGAGCCUCCAUGAUUAAAUUUGUUUCUUUGAACGUCAGUGGAAUGAACUCCCUGCAAAAGAAAACAAUUUUUCUUGAUUUCGUAAAAAAAGAAAAGAUUAACAUCUGUGGCAGUUUCAGAAACACAUUGGCAAUGGAUCAGAUCUAGGGAUUUCCCCCAUCUUUGUUUAUGCCCCAACUCACUCUCCAAUAUGGUUCAUAGGUAGGAUUGUCUCUCGGUGGAGAAGAUAAGACGCGGAAGGAUUCUUUUUUGCGGAGAUUUUAAGUGUUUAUUGGACCCCACUCUAAAUAGGAUUUAACCUAAAAAAAAAAGAUCACCAACGCCAUGCUUUCAAUCAUGCUAAAGUUUUAACACAUUUAGAACCAAUGGUAUUUUAGACCUAUGGCACAUGUGACAUUACUCCUGUUUCUCUUUUUCACAUCAGGCAUAUUCUAGAAUUGACUCUUUUUUUGACUGAAACAUAGCGUUAAAUUGAUCAAAAAGAUUCUGAUCACUAGUAUCCCAUGAUCCGAUCAUAAUGCAAUAGUGAUGACUAUUUAUGAGAAAUUUAUAAUAAAAAAACUAGAUCCAAUUGGAGACUAAAUGACUGUAUCCUACAAAAUAAUCAGAACCUAGAUUUGAUCAGUGAAGCCUCUGAUUUAUUUUUUAUUAUUAAAGAAAACGUAUCUCCAGACACUUCACUCUCAACGAUGUGGUGUGCUUACAAGUGUACAAUUAGAGGCCACUUAAUCAAAUUGGAUACUCAAGAAAAAUAUUCCCGAGCCUUGCCGAAUUAUAUAUAGAUCUGGAAGGAUUGGAGAGAGAAAACAGAAGCAACCCCCUCAAAGCAAUUAAGCACUAGGGUAAUGAUGGUUAGGGAACAGAUUAAGAACAUCUUAAUACAGAACGCAAACUACACUCUUGAACGUCUAAAGAGAACUACAGGGAGUGCAGAAUUAUUAGGCAAGUUGUAUUUUUGAGGAUUAAUUUUAUUAUUGAACAACAACCAUGUUCUCAAUGAACCCAAAAAACUCAUUAAUAUCAAAGCUGAAUAUUUUUUGGAAGUAGUUUUUAGUUUGUUUUUAGUUAUAGCUAUGUUAGGGGGAUAUCUGUGUGUGCAGGUGACUAUUACUGUGCAUAAUUAUUAGGCAACUUAACAAAAAACAAAUAUAUACCCAUUUCAAUUAUUUAUUAUUACCAGUGAAACCAAUAUAACAUCUCAACAUUCACAAAUAUACAUUUCUGACAUUCAAAAACAAAACAAAAACAAAUCAGUGACCAAUAUAGCCACCUUUCUUUGCAAGGACACUCAAAAGCCUGCCAUCCAUGGAUUCUGUCAGUGUUUUGAUCUGUUCACCAUCAACAUUGCGUGCAGCAGCAACCACAGCCUCCCAGACACUGUUCAGAGAGGUGUACUGUUUUCCCUCCUUGUAAAUCUCACAUUUGAUGAUGGACCACAGGUUCUCAAUGGGGUUCAGAUCAGGUGAACAAGGAGGCCAUGUCAUUAGAGUUUCUUCUUUUAUACCCUUUCUUGCCAGCCACGCUGUGGAGUACUUGGACGCGUGUGAUGGAGCAUUGUCCUGCAUGAAAAUCAUGUUUUUCUUGAAGGAUGCAGACUUCUUCCUGUACCACUGCUUGAAGAAGGUGUCUUCCAGGAACUGGCAGUAGGACUGGGAGUUGAGCUUGACUCCAUCCUCAACCCGAAAAGGCCCCACAAGCUCAUCUUUGAUGAUACCAGCCCAAACCAGUACUCCACCUCCACCUUGCUGGCGUCUGAGUCGGACUGGAGCUCUCUGCCCUUUACCAAUCCAGCCACGGGCCCAUCCAUCUGGCCCAUCAAGACUCACUCUCAUUUCAUCAGUCCAUAAAACCUUAGAAAAAUCAGUCUUGAGAUAUUUCUUGGCCCAGUCUUGACGUUUCAGCUUGUGUGUCUUGUUCAGUGGUGGUCGUCUUUCAGCCUUUCUUACCUUGGCCAUGUCUCUGAGUAUUGCACACCUUGUGCUUUUGGGCACUCCAGUGAUGUUGCAGGUCUGAAAUAUGGCCAAACUGGUGGCAAGUGGCAUCGUGGCAGCUGCACGCUUGACUUUUCUCAGUUCAUGGGCAGUUAUUUUGCGCCUUGGUUUUUCCACACGCUUCUUGCGACCCUGUUGACUAUUUUGAAUGAAACGCUUGAUUGUUCGAUGAUCACGCUUCAGAAGCUUUGCAAUUUUAAGAGUGCUGCAUCCCUCUGCAAGAUAUCUCACUAUUUUGACUUUUCUGAGCCUGUCAAGUCCUUCUUUUGACCCAUUUUGCCAAAGGAAAGGAAGUUGCCUAAUAAUUAUGCACACCUGAUAUAGGGUGUUGAUGUCAUUAGACCACACCCCUUCUCAUUACAGAGAUGCACAUCACCUAAUAUGCUUAAUUGGUAGUAGGCUUUCGAGCCUAUACAGCUUGGAGUAAGACCACAUGCAUAAAGAGGAUGAUGUGGUCAAAAUACUCAUUUGCCUAAUAAUUCUGCACUCCCUGUAGGUAUGAUAGAGGGAAUAAAGCAACUAAUGACUAAUAAACUAAAAAGCAAUAGAGCAAACACAAUGGUAACUAGGAUUACUCAGGGAAAGGAUGUCCUCCUUAGCCAGAGAAAAUAGGACAAGCUUUUCUAGAUUUUACCCAUCAUUGUAUAAUCUCCCAGAGAAACAGCUCUCCGUAGAGCUAGCAGACUUUUUUCGUAAACAUAGCCUACCAUUAGUGAAGUAGAGAGAGCCAUAAAAAAGCCCAAGACAAAUAAAGCCCCAGGGCUUGAUGGUUUUAGUAAAUGCUUUUAUGUAGCAUUAAUAAACAAUAUGAAGGGGGCUCUUGCUAAGGUUUUUAAUCAAUUUAGCAUAUCAGGAGAGUUUCCCAGUGAAAUUCUAAAAGCAUACAUAAUACCUAUACCAAAACAGGGUAAGGACCCAGAGCUUAUAGCAAAUUACAGACCCAUAUCUUUGCUAAAUGUCAAUUUUGAAAUUAUAUUUUUCUAUAUUAGCAGCCAGGUUAAAUAGUAUUAUUUUAUCAGUUAUACGCAAGAACCAGGCUGGCUUUAUUGAAAGCAGGUCUUCUGUUUAUAAUGUCAGGAGAUUCAUCGACAUUAUGGAUAUGGUCCAGUCAGACAGAGUGCCCCUCUUUGCUCUGUCAUUGGAUGUCGAAAAGGCUUUCAACAGAGUUGAGUGGGACUUAAGUCUUUUCAGGAAAUAUAUUUCAAUCUAUAAUGUCGCUAUAUAUCACCACCACUGCCAGAGUACUGAAUGGUGGCUUCUCCUCCCAUUGAGUAACGGUACCAGACAAGGAUGUCUGCUUUCCCCAAUAUUAUACCUGUUGGUAAUUGAACCUCUGGCUGUGGCAAUCAAGGCAGACGAUCAGAUUAAAGAUGUUUCGGUUUUGUCUUAUUAUUAUUAUUAUUAUUAUUAUUAUUAUUUAUUUUAUUAUUUAUAUAGCGCCAACAAAUUCCGUAGCGCUGUACAAUGGGUGGACUAACAGACACAUAAGUGAGAUCAGACCACUGACGUACAGGAACAGAGGGGGUUGAGGGCCCUGCUCGAUGAGCUUACAUGCUAGAGGGAGUGGGGUAUAGUGACACAAAGGGUUAAAGUAGGGGAAUUAAAUAGUUUGUUACAGAAGGGUUUAUUGAGUGCUUGGUAGGUCAUUUUUGACAGGUGAAGGAACGGAGUCAUGGGGUGGGGGAUGAGAAACCUGCUGACAGUUUAAUUGAUACGCUUUAAUAAAGAAGUGAGUUUUCAAAGAUUUUUUUGAAGGAAUGGAGGCUGGGUGAAAGGCUGAUUGAGGAGGGAAGGGAGUUCCACAGAAUAGGUGCAGCCCUGGAGAAGUCUUGAAGGCGAGCAUCAGAGGUGGGGAUCCGGGCAGAGGAUAGGAGUAGGUCUUGGGCUGAGCGCAGGGGUCUCGUCGGGACAUACUUGUGUAUGAGGGAGGAUAGGUAUGUUGGAGCAGCAUUAUGUAGGGAUUUGUAAGCAAGCGCCAGAAUUUUGAAUUGGGCCCUAUAUCUAACUGGAAGCCAAUGCAGGGACUGACAGAGCGUGGAGGCGUGGGAGGUGCGACCGGACAGGAAAAUAAGCCUCGCAGCCGUAUUCAUUAUAGAUUGCAGCGGUGCAAGCUGGGAACAUGUAAGACCGGUGAGAAGGGGAUUGCAAUAGUCAAGGCGAGAGAGAACAACAGCAUGAACCAGUACCUUAGCCGCGUCCGGCGUUAGAUAUGGGCGGAUGCGCGCUAUGUUCUUGAGUUGGAAGCGACAGGAUUUGGCUAUCGAUUGAACAUGGGGAGUAAAAGAGAGAUCAGAAUCAAAAAGAACUCCUAGGCAGCGAGCCUGGGAGGUAGAGGUGAUAGUAGCGCUGUUGACUUGGAUGGCGACAGACACGGGAGUAGCAGCACUUGAGGGAGGAAAAACUAGAAGUUCUGUUUUUGAUAAUACGCAAACAAUGUAGUACUCACAAUUUGUGAUCCGAUUUAUUUCCAUAGAUGAAAUUAUGGCAAUUAUUAAUGAUUUUGCGUAUAUUUCAGGAUACAAAUUAAAAAUACAUAAAUCUUCCGUUCUUUCUGUGAAUCUAUCUCCACAGACAAAAAAUAUUUUGUUGAAUAAAUAUGGGCUUGACUGUCCAAUAAGCUCUUUUAGAUGUUUAGUUGUUGAAAUAUGAAGUGAUCUCACCAAACUAAUGGCUGCAAAUUUUCUUCCACUAUUAAACUACACUAGUAAAAAAACGUAACAAAUGGAAAUCGAGGGAAGUGUCGUGGUGUGGGAGAAUUAAUAUCAUCGAAUAUCAUAUCCUUCCAAAGUGGAUCUUCCUUUUCCGUAUGACCUCUGUGCUCUGUCCUAACAGUUGGUUAGACUUGGUUCAAUCUCUCUUCAAUAUGGCUUGCAAAGCACUCCCGUAUUAACGCACACUGUUUGCCACUGAAACUGAAUCAAGGGCGGCUAGGAGUAACACAGAUAAAGAACUAUUGGAAAGAGUUCACUCUAGGUCACAUCAUCUACACUCCAUUUGAUAAUGUCUAAGAUGAACCAUGGUAUAACAUUGAAACAGAUAUGUCUAAAACUGGAGUCGCAAAUACAGACUUGGGGUUAAUAUUCUGGUAGACAGGAGGGGAAAAAGGAAGGGACACAAUAGAGCCUCUAAGUGCAUAGUAAUCAAAAACCUCUAACAGAUGGGAAAAACUCAAAUCUGAUUGCCAUCUCGAAGAUAAAAUUAUCUCAGGGUUAACUUUAACCCAAUAAAACAUUUGCAGCUGGAUAAAUUCUGGUCUUUCUGAAACUGGAAACUUAGUCAAGGGAAAUAGGAAAAGGGAUAUUAUGUCUCUUAGUAAAGACAACUGUUUGUACAAAAGAGAAAUCUUUAAUUACAUUAGGAUAAAAGGCUAUCUUCUUAACCACUUGGUUUUAAAUAAGUCUCCUAAACAUGACGAAUUAGGAAAAUUAAUUAAAGGUACGCAAUUGAAAAUUUUGGUUGCUGGCUGUGUAGAAUUGAUUGGGAGAGAUCAUGAUAAACUUAUUCUACCAGUAAUACAGAAUGUGGGAGCGGGGCCUGAAACUUAACAUUAGUAGUGAAGAAUGUAUCGAUUCUUUGGGAAUGUUAUCUUAAUUUAACCAAGGUUCAUUUCCAACUUUUAUAUAAAUGGUAUUUAGCCCCUAGCAGGUUGUCUAGUAUGUAUCCCAAUGCCUCAGAUCAUGGAGAUGCUUUCUCUAGAAAGGCUGUUUUUUACACAUAUGGUAGGAAUGUCAACUUUUGCAACUUUUUUUGAAAAUGAUCCAUAAUAAAAUCCAGAUUUUACUUAAAAUCAAUAAAAAAAUGUCACCGUGGUUUCUUUUUACUACAACUAAACUUUCAAACAACUCUUGGCCCUUCUUCAUUGAUUGUUUCCCACAUCUUCAUGCGGCCAAGAUGCUAAUAGUGAGGAAUUGGAAGUCGGAUUUUGUCCCACGUUGGCAUCCAGUCAAAGAACAAAUAAUUUUUCAGAUUAAAAUGGUGAUGGUAUUAAUAGGUCUUUAUACACGGAGUAUUAAAAAAAUGGUUAUGCAUAAUAGCAGGGCUUGACAAAUUUGCUUUGAUUCUAGGAGCCAGCUAAAAAAGUUAGGAGCCAUAUUUUUUUUUUUUUAAACCCUGCAUAGUUUUAUAUUCAACGACAAAAAUACAAUUCUUAAAGGGACACGAUAGUCACCAGCUUAAUAUAGUGGUUCUGGUGUCUAUAUCCUGUCCCUGCACGCUUUUCAAUGUAAACACUGACUUUUCUUAGAAAAGGCAGUGUUUACAUUGCUUCCUUGUGACACCUCUAGUGACUGUCACUCAGAUGGUCACUAGAAGUGUUUCAUGUGUCAGUGCUGCAGCACCUACAUUCAGCAUCUCCACAUGCUGCAUUGAGGCGCUGAAUGUUCCCCACAGAGAUGCAUUGAUUCAAUGCAUAUCUAUGAGGAUAGGCUGAUUGGUGCAGCGUUUUGCAGCCAAUUCUAUGGGAACACAUUUGGAUUGACUGAGACCAUCAAGCUUGAUGAUCUCAGCCAUAGAGGCAGGGACAGUCUAGGGGAGACCAGCAUGGCAUGGGAGAAAAAAAAGGUGAGUAAAAACUCCAUUCCCUUGCGAACAGAAGGGGUCUGGUAACCUAAACACACACCAUGACAGACAGAUACCAUGACACCUACACACAAGCAUAUACCAUGUCAGACACACACACAAGCAUAUACCAUGACAGACACACACACACACACACGCAUAUACCAUGACAGACAGACACAAACCAUGAGAGACUGACCCAUACACUCACGCACACUUGAUAGACACUCACGCACACCAUGAGACAGACACUCACGCACACCAUGAGACAGACACUCACGCACACCAUGAGACAGACACUCACGCACACCAUGAGACAGACACACACACACACACACAAUAUGAGAGACCCAAAUACUCACACUAUCACAGACAGACAAUGCCUGUGGGAUCCAGUAGGCGACCGGCUGGGUGCCCGUGGAGGUGGGCAGCAAUUGGGUGCUCGUGCAGACGGGCAGCUGGCGGUGCAUAUUGUUGCCGAAUGAUGUCAUAUUUCGGCCCCAGUCUCCCUAUGCGGCACACAGGGGAGCAGAGCAAAGACAUCACCGCUCCCUCGCCGCCUGCCUGUACGGGCACCCAACUUGCCGCCGGCUUCCUAAUUCCCCAGCCGGCCUCCUGCUGCUGGGCUCACAUAUCCCAGACGCCAAGGCCAAAUUCCUAGGCGCCAUGGCAACCUGGCACUUGGGAUUUGUCGUGCCCUGCAUAGAGAAAUUCUAAAUGGCGCACCCUUCCUCUGACAUUUCUUACUCGCCUUUCUGUUAAGUGAUAAAAGAAAGGGAUACAAAAAAUCUAUUUCAUGGACUACUCUUCCGAACUUUCCUGGCUUCCUCCUGCGAGAUAGUUGAUGUCAUGUUUUGUGGUUGUUGUUUUGUAUUUGUGAUUUUGUUCUUUGUGCAAGUAAGAUUGACGCCUAAUUUGUUACAUCUACAAUUUUAAGUGUUUGUAUACCAUUAACGCUAAUAAACAUUAUAAAUAGAAAAAAAAAAACUUUUUGGCUUUGGUCUUUCUCUCUUUGGCUAUGAGCUUUUCAACUUUAGGUUUAGCCCAUCUGACCGCUCUUUUGCAAGCCCUAUUGGCAUGCUUAUAUUUAUUAUAAGAUGCAAUUGACCCCUCUGAUUUAAAGGAUCGCUAUAGGGUCAGGAACACAAAAAUGUAUUCCUGACCCUAUAGUGUUAAAACCACCAACUAGCCACCCUUGGCUCCUCAUGCCUCCAUAAAUAUAGUAAGAAUCUUACUGUAUUCAAGCUUGAAGCUGUAACUCUGCAUGCUGUUAGACUCAGGAAAAACAAGCAUCAGCAGAGGUGGUAGCCUGAUCCAAUCGCAAUGCAUUUGCGCAAUAGGAUUGGCUGAGACUGACAAGGAGACAGAUCAGGGGCAGAGCCAGCAUGAUUCAAACAUAGCCCUGGCCAAUCAGCAUUUCCCCACAGAGAUGACUUGAAUCAAUGAAUCUUUAUGAGGAAAGGUUAGUGUCUGCAUGCAGAGGGAGGAGAUACUGAAUGUUUGGAUGCAUUUUAGGCAGCCAUGACCCAGGAAGGAUCUCUAACAGCUAUCUGAGGAGUGGCCAGUGAAGUUAUCACUACGCUGUAAUGUAAACACUGCAUUUUCUCUGAAAAGACAGUGUUUACAGCAAAAAGCCUGAAGGUAAUGAUUCUACCCACCAGAACAAAUUCAAUAAGCUGUAGUUGUUCUGGUGAUUAUAGUGUCCCUUUAAAUGUUUUCAAUGCCAUUUUCUUAUCCUUUAUCAUUUGACGGAACCUUGUGUUAAGCCAUAUUGGUUUUAAUUUGCUUAUUUUAUAUUUAUUUCCCAGUGGUAUGUAUUGAAAAAUAUUCUUUUGUAGAAUUUGUUUAAAGACAUCCCAUUUAUUAUUUGAGCUUUUCCAGUGAAUAUUUCCUGCCAGUCAAUUGGUUGUCAAAAUGCCCAUAUCCUAUUGAAUUUAGCCUUUUAAAAAUUCAAUGUUUUUGUACAGCCCAUGUCAUAUUUGUUUAUUUAUUUAUUUAUUUAGCUAAUCUCAAAUGAUACCAUAGUGGUCACUAUUUCCCAAGUGCUCCAUAACUAGAAUGUUUGAAAAUAAAUCAACAUUAUAAGUAAUUACAAGAUUUAGACAGGCGUCUCUUCUAGUUGGCACUUCUACUAAUUGAGACAUUAACUUAUCGUUUAUCAGGUUCAAAAACCUGUUUGCCUUAACUGUACUAAAUGUCUCUCAAUGUUUGGAUAAUUCAAAUCUCCCAUGAUUAACAAAUUACCCAGGUGUGCAGCCUUAUCAAUCUGAGAUAGCGGUUGCUGUUCCCCAUCAUAUUCCUAUUUUUCCAUAGUCCUGGAAAAUUCUACAGUGGUCAUCACAGUUACCUGACUUGAACCCCCAUAGAAAAUUUCUGGUGAGGUUUGAAGAAGGGGGUUGCAGCAAACCCAAGAAUAUUACUGAACUGGAGGCCAUUGCUCAUGAGCAAUGGGCUAAGAUUCCACAGGAACACUGCCUGAAGCUAGUUUCUGGCUUUGCAUCUCAUUUGCAGCUGGUCAUAACAGCAAAAGGGUGCUCAACUAAGUACUAAAGAAGCUUGUCAUGAAGGAGUUGAAUAAUGUUGAGACUGGAGAAGUCAUUCUACGUUGCAUUUUCAGUUGAAUUUGGGGAAACUAUUGAAGCAUUUGUUAUGUUGAGCUAUUUCAAUUGCUUUUGUUUGAUUUGUUCUUUACAAACAGUGUAAAUUCUGUAAAUAUCGACAAUAAACCUGAUUUUCAAUGAGGGUUAAAGGACCACUGUAGUGCCAGGAAAACAAACUUGGCUCUCUAGGGUCUUUGGGUGUCCCCCACCCUCUGGGUCCCCCUCCCGCCAAGCUGUAGGGGUUAAACACUGGGGGACUCUCCUCCUUUGGACGUCAUUGGCUGAAUGCGCACGCACGGCAAGAGCUGCGCGCGCAUUCAGUCAGUCCAUAGGAAAGCAUUCUCACUGAAAAUCACAGUGAGAAGCACGGAGGCGCCUCUAGCAGCUGUCAAUGAGACAGCCACUAGAGACUUGAUUAACCCAUAUGUAAACAUAGCAGUUUCUCUGAAACUGCUAUGUUUACAGCAGGCAGGGUUAAGCCUAGAUGGACCUGGCACCCAGACCACUUCAUUAAGCUCAAGUGGUCUGGGUGCCUAUAGUGGUCCUUUAAAUAAUUUUGCUUAAACUGUAUUUGUAAAAAUAUAAUGCUCUUUAUUAACAAAUACUAUAAGGUAUGUAAUGAAUUUAUAACUUUUCAUGCGGCUCUCUGAUAAAUCUUGUUGGUUUUUUUUAAUGUGGCCCUCGGAUUACCUAAGGUUGGACAGCCUUGGUUUAGACCAUUGUAUAUCAAGAUUUAAAAAAAAAAAACAACUUUAACAUCUGUAUCUUAGUCUUCAGUCCUGUUUAAACUUAUUCCUACAUCACUUAUUUAGUGGCAACAAAUUCAAAUUUCCUGUCCCUUUAAACUUUUUUUUUUCUUCCCUUCCCUUUCUUUAUAGAUUGAUAGUUUUGAUAUGUGAGUUGAUCCUUUUUUUUUUUUCUUUUUUUUUUAUGCACUGACAUAAUGUGGUUUAUUGCAAACCAGACAAAAUAUUGGUGUAUGCAAAUAUGUAAAAAUAUAGCAAGCAUUUAAUUGGCUGUGUUAAAAUAUAAACAUGAUUACAGACUAGUUUGGUAAUUGCCUAUAAUGAGAAAACACUGGCAGUGUGAUUUGAAAAUGCCAUCUUUAUUCUCUUAUCUCGCAGAAUCGUAAUUUAGCUGACAUCCACAUUCUCUGUAGAUAUACUCACCUGCAGAAGCUGGAUAUCUCCUGUAAUGGAAUUAGUGGUAUGUAUUUUUAACUCCAGCUGGUAAACUGACAUGUGUUUUCAGUAUAUGGUUCUGGGCAUAACUGAAUAGUGUACCCGUCAUGAUUACCUUUGCAGAUUGUUAUCAAUGUAGUUAGUGCUGAGUUUAAAAGUUGAAAAUACAUAUUUGGGCAUGCAGUGGCCCCAUAUGUUUACAUUUAAUUAUGCAAAGGAAUAUGGGCAGGGUAUAAUAAUUAAAAUAAUUAUUUUUGGGUUGAAUGCACCUCUAUACUUUGUAUGUAUUUUAUAGUUAUAGCAUUGUGCUAGUUAAAAGUGAUAGCUAAGCAAUUUCUCCUCACUGGUUCCUGGUUGAUAAAACGGCUUUCUUUCUGAACGGUGCAUUGAUAUGGCAAACACGAGUAGUGGUGACCCCACUAGUACUGUGCAGCCCACACAGGUGUAAUUUUUAUUCUACCCGCCUCCCAUCCUUGGAUGAAUGGGGUUGCUGAUUUUAACAUUAGCUCUGCCUAAUUACACAUUGCAUAAUAAGAAGAGGAAGCCACACUCUUUCUCCUAGAACCUAGGUGCUACAAACCAAGGGCAAGUAAAAUAGGAUGGUCCCGGCACUCGAGAUAUCACAUUAAACAGCUUUAUUGGAAGUGAACAAGAAAUGCAACAUGUCGGCCUACACAGAGGUCAUUGUCAAGCUUGACAGAGGCAUCUGUGUAGGCUGAAAAAUUUCUUGUUUAUUUCCAAUAAAGCUGCUUAAUGUGAUACCUGGAGUACCUGGACCAUCCUAUUGUCCAUGGGCAGCCGCUGGAAUUUUUCCAGGAUGGAAGGGGGGGGGCAUAAUUGUAAUGACAUCCAUGCUUGGUCCCUUUUUGACAGUGUCAUGAAGGAGAUGGGGCAUAGUCAUAAUCACAUAAAGCCAGGGUGAAUAGUGUUUUCACAACUAUGGUGUCAGGAAUACAUGCUUGUAUUCCUGACACUACAGUGUUCCUUUAAGCAAAUUAAAGGAACAUUCUGUUCACCAUAACAACUUCAUCUAAAUGAAAAUGCCAGGAGGCCCCUAAGGCAUCCUCCACCUCCAGUUCUCCAGGUUGCUCAGUGGUAUUCUGCUUCUGAAACAGAGUGUCUGGAAGUGCAGAUUGACGUCAGGCAUGGAUGCCGCAGAUUGGCUAGAGUGGUCAGCUGACGCUCUAAGCCAAUCGCUGGUUCAUACAUUUUUUUUUUGUACUUUUUUAUGAAUGGGGAGCUCUAGCCAAUCAGCGGCACCCCUACCGAGCGGCACUCUGUGCUUCCUGAUACUCAGUAAAUAAAAGUCAACACAUUAACACUGAUAUUUUUUUUUUUUUUACCUGGGGAGAUGAGAAGGUCCAAAGUUUCCAUGCCAGGCCCAGGUAACAAAGCCUUAUGAUGUAGUUUCCAGAAUAAAGUGGAGGGUUUACUUCACUUGUCCUUCCUGCUCCAAUCUCAUUUUCUUCUCCUUCAUUUGACACAGUCUUCUUUUUCUUCUGACACUGUCUUCUCUCCUUCUUCACUUUUCUGCUUCUUUUGCGCCCUUUUGCUCCUUUCUCUUUCUGAUCCCUUUCUGCUCCUUCUCCUACUUUAUACCUUUCUGCUCCUUCUGUUCCUUUCUGCUACUUCUGUUCCUUUCUGCUCCUUGCUGUCCCUUUCUGCUCCUUGCUGUCCCUUUCUGCUCCUUGCUGACCAUUUCUGCUCCUUGUUACACAUUCCUCCUUCUUGCUGACCCUUCCAGCUCCUUGCUGGUCCUCUCUGCUCCUUGCUGUCCCUUCCUGUUUUUAUCUGCUCCUUCUCCUACUUUAGCUUUGUGCUCCUUCACCUUUGUGCUCCUGUCUUUUCCUGCUCCUGUUGCCCAUUUCUGCUUCUUGCAGACCCUUUCUGCUUCUUGCUGACCCUUCCUGCUCAUUUCUAUUUCUUUCUGCUCCUUCUCCUACUUUACCUUUGUGCUCCUUGCUGCCCCAUCCAGCUCCUUGCUGCCCAUUUCUGUUCCUUCUCCUACUUUACCUUUGUGCUCCUUCUGAUUCUUUCUGCUCCUUUACCUUUGUGCGCCUUCUGUCUUUUCCUUCUCCUUGCUGACCCUUCCUGCCCAUUUCUGCUCCUUCUCCUACUUUACCUUUGUGCUCUUUCUGCCCCUUCCAGCUCAUUGCUGACUCUUUCUGCUCUUUGAUGCCUCUUCCUGUUCAUUUCUGUUUCUUCUCCUUUUGGCUCCUUCUAGUACUUUACCUUUGUGCUCCUUGCUGCCAUUUCCAGCUCCUUGCUGCCAUUUCCAGCUCCUUGCUGCCAUUUCCAGCUCCUUGCUGACCCUUCGUGCUCCUUGCUGACCCUUCCUACUUUCUGUAGGCUGUCUCCCCCAUCCCUGUUCCUUUGUGCUCCUUCAUCUAAUUUACCUUUGUGCUCCUUGCUGCCCCUUUCUGUUAAUUUCUGUUCCUUCUCCUUUGUGCUCCUUCUCUUACUUUAUCUUCCUGCUCGAUUCUGUAGGCGGUCUCCCCCAUCCCUCACUUACCUGAUCUACAGGCUGCCUCCCCACCCUCCCCCCAAUUCCUCACUUACUUGAUCUGUAGGUGGAUCCCCCUAUCUCUAACUUACUUGAUCUGUAGGCUGCACACCUGCCUUUCAGUCUUCUCCUGCAGUCACUGCGGGAGGGAGAGCUAGUCAUUUAGAUGAUUAAAGCACUCUCCAGAGCCCCCAAAGUAUUUUUUACAUAAUCAUUAGAAAGUUUAUUGUGACAAUCCAAACAUCUGCACUGUCAUAAAGGAGUUUAAAUAAAAUAACCUUUUCAUUACCAUGCUUUAGAGUUUGUUGUCAGUACUGAUAUGUGCUUUUUUUUCUUCUUUUAUUGUUUAUUUGGCAGAUGAUAGAUAGUACUAUUGGGAAUACUAUAAGGGGUAAAUAAUAUAUUGUAACCUGGCAGAUACUUAGGUGAGUAUUUAGGAUAGGCAGGUAGGUUGUUACUAUUUUGUUACAUAUUUGUUUAAUGCAGCUGACAUUAAUGGGAAGAAGGAUAAACAAGAAGUAAUGAAAUGCCCCCUAUUGGAAUAAAAUAAAAUUAAGUCUUUGUGCCCAACUGCCUGUCUGUUACAGUUACAUUCCCUCUAUAUGACUGUAGAUUUGCUUAUACAUAUCCAUAUACAUAUAACUGAGGUCUGGAGAUAUGCUACCCUUGUUAUCCUACCAUAGUAAUAUACCGCCCUGAAUUCAUAUUGCUGCCUGAAUGAUAUACUUAUUAUGUACACACUUAUAACAAUUCUGUUUCAUUUGUUGCUUUGUGACAGACAUUGGUUACACGGUAUUAGUUAAUGUAUAAAUCUAUUUCUUAAGACUUCAAACUGCAAUACUAUUAAAGGUUUUUUUUCUGUUUUUUGUUCCGUAGAUCUAUCCUGCAUCAGUUGCAUGCCAUUCCUGACCGAACUCAAUGCCUCUAACAACAGGUUGAGCACCUUCUUUGACUUUGUGCCACCUAAAAAUCUGAAAGUAAGUUCAGCUUUGAAGAAAUAAUGUCAGAGGUUAUCACUAGCAAUGCUAUGGAGUCGUUGGUUGGACUCAUCCUUGGAGCAUCAUGGCAAAUGUAUUCGCAAACAUCUGAGGCUACCUAUUGCUGCAUACAGUGAAUCAUUCACUGUGACAUAUCUUCUAAUAUUCAAUACAGAGAGUAAAUGUUCAUCAACUUUCCAAGUGUUACACCUACAAUGGUUAAUUGUGUUACAUACUUAGCAGUUAUUACUUCUGUUACGCCAUUAGGUCUCUAAUUAUGGUAUCCUGCAUAGGACCAAACAGUCUGCAUGCCAAACAAUCCAAUCCAAGUACGCAUCCCAAUGCAGUAAAAGGCUUCAUACAGCAUAGUAUGCUUAUUAUCAGUAUGUCUUAUGACUUACUCAUCCACUAAACAGCAACUCCAAAGCUCACAGAUUUUAUUAGUUUUUUUUUUUUUUUUUAACCCACCUAAUCUAGGCAAAAAUAAUGGGGGUUUAGUUACAGUAUAUGAUCAUACAUUGCAUAAGCCUGCCACAACGUCAAUGUACCCCAUCUUUGGCAGGUCCUACUCUAACAGCCUAAUGUCUGCUCUUAUGAGAUUAACUCACUUAUUUGGGGGAUUUAUUUUUCCAUCUACGAUCGCUCUGCAAUACAAGGACCUGCCCAAGAUGAUUAAAUCCGUCUGUUGUGUCAUACUUUGGUUGUUUUACCACUCUGCGUUUUUGUUUUCUGUUUCUCUAGGUGGUGGAUCUUUCAUUUAAUCAGAUUACAGAGAUGAAGGAUUUAUCUGUUCACAAAAUGCUGACAAAGCUGAUAAUAAAUAGUAUCCUUUUCAAAGUUUUAGAAAGUAACAUCACUUUUUUAUUUUUUAUUUUAUUUUUAUUUUCACUUGCCAAUGUGUAUGCAUCAGUGUAUAAAGAAAAAACAGGGAUGUGACAUCUUCUCCAUCAUAAGGCAUUCUUAUCUUUCUCUUUGGUUGUAUUUUCAGUAUGUUAACCUAAGUGAUAGAUAAAAUCCACAUGGGCAGAAAGGAUUGGAUUUAUGCAUAUAAUUUAUCAGUAAGAUGAUUAAUAGGGACAUAGUUGAGAAAACGGAAUUUAAAAAAAAAAAAAAUUUACGUUAACAAAAUCUGUUGAAUAGGGAAUUUUUCUAGUGCAGUUAUUUUGACCUGAAUUUUGAAAUGUAGUUUUUUUUUCAGAAUUAGAAGGGAAAAUAUAUAUAUAUAUCUCUAUAUCGCCAACAUAGCCUGUAGAGCUGUACAAUAGGAAACAGGAUAAACAAAGCAUGUGUAACAUGCAGAAGCACUAGUUGAAUAUGGCUCUGCCCAACCUAGCUUUAAAAUGAUUCACUGUUUCUUGAAUAAACACAAAAGUAAGUUCCCAAGCCUAUCACCCUCUUCCAGUAUUAAUAUAUUGAGGGAAUAUUAUAAAACAGAUCAUAUAUAUAUAUACAGUAACAACAAUAAACAGUUCUGGAAAAUAUUUUGACCAAACUUAUAUAUAGCAAAAUAUACCUGUUCUGUGAUGUCUGUGAACAUCAUUGUUGCGCAAGAUGUCAUAUAAUAUUUUUACAACCACUAGCCUGUAGAAUUUACCAGCAUGCACUGGUUCCUAAUGUAAUCGGUUCAGGAAAUAUUUUUACAACUCAUUGAUACAUCGAUAAUAGUUUAAUAUUCACAGAUAUAGCAUGAAUUGAAUCCUCUUUAUCGUCUGUGUAAUAUUUAGUAUUGCUUGUUUGCCCUUUAUACUUAUUAUAUAACAGUAUUAUAAAAAAAGUCUUAUCUUGACAUAGUUCUCUCUCUAGCUACACUGACCAGCAAAUUUGUAAUUAAAGUAUGCCUCUCAUAUUAUCCAACACAUCCAACCAAGUCAUAAUAUUUUUUUAUUUUCUGGAGCUAUUGUUAUAUAAACAUAUUAUUUCCUUGAAAGCUUUUAAUUUUUACAGAUAAUAAUAUACAGCAAAUAAUUGGUUUGGAAAAGUGUAGCAGUCUUUCUCACCUGAACUUGGCUCACAAUGGAGUCUCCAAUAUGUGUGGGUUUGGUAAUUUACCCAUAAAAACCCUCAUUCUGGUAUGUGACAUCCUAUGUGUCUGUAAUAUGUAUCCUGUUAUAUGAAAUGCUAGAUCAGUAGGGCUCUAGUGGUAAAUACAUUAAACACAUACAGUUCUGCAGAUGUUUAACUCCUUUCACAGUAAAUCACUGGAGAUCCCUACUGUGUAUACAGUUUUAUUUUAGUGUUUUCAAAGCUCUGCAUUUGUACCAGUUGGGGGAAAAAGGACAAAUACACAAUGUGUGUUUAAUAUUUAAAGUGCUUGAUCUUGUUCCUGGCUAUUUUAUUCAUGUGCUGUCAUAUCCCCAGCCUGCCAGUAGACACUUUGUUCUUCUUUUCCGUGAGAGAGAAUAUUUAGAAAUACCAGGAAGAUAUAAAAGUGAUAUGUGACCCAAGAUCCAAUGCACUUAAACAACGAUAGUGUGUGCCUGUGUACACAUUUAAUGUCUUCACAGCCUCAUCUUGUUUUACGUUAUCUUUCUAGAGUGCCAACCAAAUUAAGAACAUCACUGGUCUAGAAAAUCUGAAAACCUUACAAGUUUUGGACUUGUCAUGCAAUCAAAUCUCCACUCUGGAAGGUCUUGAGGGUUUGGAGUUUCUGCAAACCCUCAACUUGGAGGAUAAUGAAGUAAGCUAUAUUAUUUUAUUUCCACUAAACCGAAAAUUAAAACCAUUAGUGGUGAAAAAGGAAAGUAUUUCUAAGUCUUAUUGUUCUGUAUUCUCAUUCCUUUUUAGAUCAGUUAACAUUUUCCCUUCCUAAACAUAUUAUCUCUAUCCUUGCACUUAUUUUACUACUCUUAUUUCCACAAUAAAAGUUAGACUGUUGACUGCGAGUCCUGUUUUUUAUUCAUUUAUUUUAUUUUGUAAUUUUAUACAUUGAAGUAGGGUAAAACAUUGCCUUACACAACGCCCCCCUCCUGCUGGUCACUGCAUGUAGCGUGGAUAAGCUGCAGACUGUGGUAGAUAUGCUUCUGUAACCUCUACCUGGUCUGACAAGAAGUGCUCACUGAGAGCACCGAACUGCUUCCUGUCAGACCGGGUAGAGGAAACAGAAGAUCCUCCACGGAGGUCUGCGGUUCGGCCACGCAACAUGAAUACAUAGAGGGAGGUGAGCUGACACAAGGGGGAAGAGAAGAGACCACAAAGUGUUGGGGGUGGUGAGUCAUACUGAAGAUCGAGGAUGGGGGGGUGCACAGAGAGGGCGGAAGUGGGAAAGAGGAACACAGAGGACUGAGGAGGUGGGUGAGGCACACAGAGGACUGAGAGGGUGAAGAUGCUGGGGAAGUGUAAAAAGAGACACACAAAUGAGUGGAGGUAGAAAGUGGCUGGGAGGAUAAAGAGACACAUAAACAAGGCAAAUUUAGUUGGUUUUUUGGGGGGGGGGUUGCAAGAAGCUGGUCUUGUCUAGGGUACAAUAUAGUCUUACACCGGGCCUGACUGUAUGUAGGAUUUAUGUUUGAGAGACAUGUUCUCACAAGUUGUAUCAUGUAAUUCUUCACCGGCCAUCUCUGAUAAUAAACCUCUUAGUAGUGAAAAUAUGUCUGAUAUGUGGUUUCAAAGGUACUUCAUUAAGCUAAAAGACCAAAAUAGUGUAUGUGUAGAUGGUAAAUGACAGGUCUUUAUUGUGCUAACAAACCGUUGCACGAGAAAAGCAGUGGAGCCAGUAUCCAGUACCCAGAUCUUCUAUUUUAUCAACCGCUAGUGUUUGCUUAACUAAUUCCGAUGAAGAAAUGUGUUUGUGAAAUAUGCAUGUUAUUUAAACAGAUAUGUGAAAAAUCUGAGUCUUUAUAAUGAAUCUUCAGGAAUAAUGGCUUUUUUACAUAUAGGUAAUAACAUGGCAGCCAAUCAGGUGAAUCUUUUUUUUUUUUUUUUCCAUACAUGUGUAAGUGGGGCAUAAAAUGGCACUGUCGUGGUUUUCUUUCAUUCUUUCAUUUUCCCUUUCCUUACACCUCUUGUGUCUUUUUUCACCUCUGUCCAUGAUGUCUGCAGAUUGCCCUUUUAUGAGAUUCUUUCGACUGAUGGCUUGAGGGUAAAUUAGCACGGCAACUGAACAGGAACUUUGCAUUAGCCCUGCCCAUUGGAAAAAAUUUCAUUAUAAAACCUGCAAAGUGACAGUGCUGCUUUCAUGCAUGUAGCGAGAGAAAAUCUACAGCAGAAUCUUAUCUUUUAUUCUUUUAUCUCUCUAUUUUAUUUUUAGAUUUAAAGUGCCACAAAAAAUGUGUUUUUAAAAAUGAAACCCCUUUGCAGCGGCUCACAAUCUAAAGGUGAAUGGGCCUCCAGUGAAACCUGCAAAAAAGAAUUUUACUUAACUGGAAUCUAGUGCGGGGGUAAAGCUCCAGGUGCUGAAUUCUUUGCCCCCUCCUACUUACAGGGGCCUUGUGUGGUCCAGUAACAUGCUUCUAAGAGUGUCUUACCAGGUCAAAGUGCACGCGUGGUCUCAGGGCUGGCAUAGUGAGCGAGGAUUUAAACAAAACGCCGCCGAUACUGACUCCUACCACCAUGACCACUUCAAAUCACUGACGUGGUCAUGGUGGCUGGAUUAAACCUUAAGCAUGGGAUGAUAGUGAUCCACUGGCACACACUAAAAAGACAAUACAAUGAUGACGGUUUGUCUGCAUGUGUUCUGGUUCACUGUGCUGGAUAGAUUUAUUGAUAGAUGGCUUUGUUUGAGAACCCAGAUAUAAACAGAGCUCAAAAAAGUAUGGUUAUACUGUGUUUAACAUCUAUAAGAAAAUGUAACAAGGAGGUUGUAGGAGUCAGAGAAUACGUGUUUAGUACUUCAGAGUUACAAUGGGAGAUGUGUGCUAAACUCCUGUGCAGCACAUUCAGUUUUACAUUUAAUAUCAACUUUAAUUAUUUAGUUUUUAAUUUUACUUUAUAACAAUAAUUGUAUUUGUAACCAGUAAAGCACAAUUCACUGUGUGUAUUUUAUUUAUUCUGCUGUCCACGUAUACACUGCAAAUCAUAUAUUCUGUUAAAAACACAGAAAAGGGAGUGCAUGAAAUACUAAUAUAAAAUACUAACAAUGCUUAGAUAUGUAAUAGUAUAGCAGUCCCACAAAAACAAGAAUAUUCCCUAAUUCUCAGUAAUUAAAAUACAUUAAAAAAAGUGUCGAUGCUUAGUGACUAAUCCCCUGAAAUAGUAUUCCGAGGUAACACUUAAUAUUGCUCAAAUAUAUCACAAAAUUCUAUCAAUAGUAGAGUCCUGGGUGGUCUAAUAUAAAACUGGGUACUUGGGUGUUCCAUUUCAGUAUUCACUUCCAAUAUCAUACUUUGUUGCAUACAAUGUAUCCUUUUUCAAUAACGUUGAAAGAUACAAUAAAACAUAUAUAGUGUAAUACUAUUUAAUCAGAUAUCCCAAACCCUACCCCUCAUAGGACCUCUUACAGGAUGCAAAUGUGGUUACUGUCUCCAUUAGCCACUAUAUAAGUACAAAUCACAGCAGCAUUCCGAGUUACUGCUCCACCGGUGUGUUCCAUGCCAUCAGUCUUCUUUUAUUGCGGGGGAUCUGUGUGUGGUCUGGGGAGAUGCUGAAACUCCUCGCCGCUGUAAUCCUUGUGCUGUUACAACAGUUCACAAGCCGCUUUCACAUCAACUCCACCGUUGCGGAUUAUUGUUGAUUAUUCACUAAGCGCUGCCACUUGUUUUUAUAUAUAUACUUGUGACGAGACCAAUCUCGCCACAUUGCAUUGGAGAAGCCUGGUUGCUCGCCUGUUGCCUUUGGAUUAUGGCCCCAUGUUAAAAGGCUUGAUUUUCCCCUGCAAAGACAUGAAAGCAGGGUCAUUUGGUGCUUGCCCUGUUUGAGCGGUGAUACCCCAGAUAGCUAUGCCAUGGAGCCCAUUCGUAUAAUGAAAGACUAUGGGAAAGACUUUGGCUCCAUGGCAAUUGAACUGUAUGUGUGCUCUGAGCGCCAUUCAGUAAUAAUGUGCGCUCAGAUCUGAGCUAUCUGGGGAUAUGUUGAAUGUACCUGCUUUGUGCAAUGGCUGCACAGUUAUAUGUUUUUAUGUGUUUUAUUGUCUUUUGCUGCCAUGUGUUCAAUGGAGUUUUGCCUCUGUCCUUGGAGAUAAUUGGAUUACUUCCCAAUUAUCUCCAGGAUAGAAGACUCUGUGGAACUGGUUUUGGGCAGAAAAGCCAUGCUUCCUUUGGUCACAAAGGACUACGAUCUAUCUUGUGAACCACAUUUGACAUAUGUUUGUAUUUGGAGUAUGCUGAUUCUGAAAAUGUAAGUUUUAUGUGAAUGUGAUGCAUACUUUUCAAGUUAUGAAUAAUGUGGAAAAAAUGUAUUUCUCUGUUCGUUAUAAUUACAUUACCCAUUGUGUAAGGUAAUUGAAUCACAGGCAGAGGGCAGGAUUUUGUGUGGGAGUGUCUGAGUGUAUUGUAUGUGUUUAUUGGUUGUGUUCCAAAACCCCGUGGGUGGUACUAAUGUGUAUAUAAGAACAAUAAACCCACAGCUCUUACUGUUCACUGCUUGACCCUCAACACGGAGCUUUGUCUCGUUCUUGGGGGGAUUUAUUGUAUGCUGUUCCAGUUCGUCUGCUAGGAGUGUAAACCUAUUCGUAUGGUUUUUCCUAUUCGGCUGUUUACGGCAUUCAUAUGGUUUCCUGUUUGGCGGAUUGGUGUUCUGCAGUAGCUGUGCCUGUGUCUCUGGAAGGGAAGAUCUACUAAACAGCAAUUAAAACCCUUUUAUGCCUGUGGGUGCCGUUACAAUACUGUUACACAAAUCGUAAAAUUUCUAGCUAGGCCUUAAGUUAGUUGGCACUGCAAGCCUGGAGUGUCUAUUGCACACUCAGCAGGGGUAACAUCAUACAUAUUAGGGUAACAUUUUUAAUCUCCAGUUGCUAAAAAGUGUGUGUGUGUGUGUCUCUCUCUAUACUCGUAGCACAUGAAUUAGAAUUUUGUAUAAUUCUUGUCACCAAUGGUUUGUGUGCAGUUAUACAUUUUAUAGAGCAGAGUAAGUGAUGAGAACCGCACCCAGUCCCAACGGCCAAGGGUGCUCCAGAGCAGGACCAGCAAUCCCAGUACAAUAAUCCAAGAGGAAAAAACUCACAGGCACUCCAACUUCAAGCCGCAGGCAGAUUUAUUAUGACAGAAUGCAACGCCAUUCUGUCAUAAUAAAUCUGCCUGCGGCUUGAAGUUGGAGUGCCUGUGAGUUUUUUCCUCUUGGGUUAUACAUUUUAUAGACCCAUACCAUUAUUUAAAGUCCAUAUUUAUGUCACUUGUCUUGCUUUGCAAUCAUUACAUAUUUGAGUGUAGAACCAGAGUUACUUUCUUGUGUAACUGUUGAUUUUUUUUUGAUUUUUUUUUUUUUGCUUGUGUUGUUUUUGAAAGAAUGCACUGCAUUCUUCUAAACUUUGCAGACAGGCAGUUUGGAAUAGUCUACAUGAAAUACGUUUUUUAUUUUUCCUAACAUCCAGGUGUCAAACUUUAGAUAAGUUUCUCCUGCUCCAUGUACUGCUCAAAAUCACACUAUGGUUUAUUAAACAGGUUUACUUUGGAAUGACACAGGUGAAAUAAAACAGACUGUGAUUGUGAAUUAACUGCCCUGAUGUUUAUUAACAUUUUCUCUAUUCUCUUGGGGUCCUGGUGUGCAUGGGUCCAUUCACUGAUAGGUAAGAAUUCCAUUCCAAUAUCCUAUUACCUAUUCCAGUAUAAUAUGGUUCCGGCGUUUCAUAUUUUCUGGAAUUUAAACAGUAUUCAAGAGGAGAUUGUGCAUAUUUUAAAUGUAUUUCUGCUCACUUCUGAGUCUAUUUCAUUAACUGAUUUUUCACUGUUGCAUUAUUUUGCAGAGACUGUCCUGGUGAUUUACUGUGUAUGUUAUCCCUUGCUGUCUACAGGUUUGUCAAAUUAGUGAAAUUGCCUAUUUGGAAGAGCUUCCUCUAUUGCAUGUGCUGAACCUGUUAAGAAACCCCAUUCAGGUGAGUGAGUGAUCGUCUGCAUUCCAUUAAAAAUUCAGAAAAGAAAAAAAUUUAUAUUAAAGGACCACUAUUGGCACCCAGACCACUAAAGCUCAAUGAAGUGGUCUGGCUGCCAAGUCCCUCUAAUGUUAACCCUGCUGCUGAAAACCUAUCUCAAUGAGGAACAUUCAGCACGUCCAUGCAGAUCUUGGAGAUACUGAACCUGGGUGCUGCAUGUGGUGCAGCAGUGACCCAGGACUCUCUAGUGACCGUUUGAGUGACUGUCACUAGAGGUGUUGCUUAGCAGCGAUGUAAAUUCUGCCUUUUCGCAGAAAAGGCAGUGUUUACACUAAAACGCCUGCAGGGACAGGAUAUAGACACCAGAACAACUAGAUCAAGCUGUAGUGGUUCUGGUGACUAUAGUGUCCCUUUAAGAAUUGCAUUUUCUCGUUGAAAAUUAUUGGCUCCUAACUUGUUUAGCUAGCUCCUAGAUUUGAAACAAAUUUGUCAAGCCCUGCUUUAAGUGGUUCUACUAAUCUGAAAUAAGAACCUAAAUUUAGAAGAAAUAACUUUAUUGUAAAAACUACGGGGAAAAAUAUGUUGUUUCUAUUAAACAAUACAGGUGCAUGUGCUAAGCUGAAAUCAUAUUAUAUCCUAUAGAUCAUUUAUUAUUAUUUAUAUAUAGAUGUACUCUACAAUUACAGGGGAUUUACAGUAACACUAGUCAGAAAUGUGGCUUCUCAAAGGAAAUUAAUUUCAUAACCCAAAAUGAUUUAAAGGUCAUGUCUUACUGGAACUUGGGACAUAUGGAAAUUCCCAAUCCUUUAUUCUGAUUUAGUACCUUUUUCCAUUCUAACUCCAUGUGGAUCAUUGUUAUAAGCUCUCCCAUUUGCUUCUGGUAGUCAGCAUAUAAAAGCACACAGAAACAAGGAGAAAUUAAACAAUACUUCCAUUUCUCCUCCUCCUCAUUUGCAAUGUUUGUUUGACAUUGCCUUGUAUGAAUUGGAUCAUGGUGUAAUUUGUUUGCUAAAUGUUUAAUAUUAAUUUAAAGGAAACAGAGCAUCUUAUGAAUGAAAGGCUCACACCACAAGUUAAAAAGGUCCCCUAAGUUAUAGGGGACCGAGUGUCACCAGAACAACUACAGCUUAAUGUAUUUGUUUUGUGGGUAGAAUCGUUCUCUUCAGACUUUUUGCAGUAAACACUGUAUUUUCAGAGAAAAUGCAGUGUUUACAUUACAGCCUAGUGAUAACUUCACUGGCCACUCCUCAGAUGGCUACUAGAGGUGCUUUCCUGGGGCAUUACUGCUCAGUGUGCAACAUUGCCAUUCAGUGUCUUCACCGUCUGCAUAGACACACUGAACUUUCCUCAUAGAGAUGCAUUGAUUCAAUGCAUCUCUAUCAGGAGAUGCUGAUUAGCCAGGGCUGUAUUUGACUGGCUCUACGCCUGAUCUGCCAUCUUUACAGUCUCAACCAAUCCAAUGCUUUCCUAUGUGAAAGCAUCGUGAUUGGCUCUGAACACCACUUCUGAUAAUGUCAACCAAUCAAAAAUAAGUGGAAUAUUGAGGCAAGUAAGAACAUUUUAUAUGAAACUGGUAUUAUUGACUUUUCACUAUCACGCCUAUUCACAGCUUGGCUAUUUAUGUUGUGCCAUACAGAUUUAAUUCACUAAGAGUUAGAGUUUAGUGAAUAACCCUUAAAUAUUAUAUAAAACAAUGAAAAUUUGAAAAUAAGAUAUACCCAGACUUAACUAUAACACAAGCCUACACAAAUUACUUUACAAAAUUAUGAUAUUGUAUCCUGUGCAGGAACAAGCAGAAUACUGGCUGUCAGUGUUAUUUAUGCUGCAGAGGCUAACUGAACUCGAUCUGAAGAGGAUUAAAGUAGAAGAGAAGGUAUUUGCUUUGUUUAAGUGCCUCUUUGUAGUUAAUACUUAUAUUGAUUAACCUUUUAGGGACCGAGGCAAUUCUUUAUUUUUUUAAAAAUUCUUUAUUUUUGGUGCUAGUUUGCAUAUUACAGGCACAUUUAUUUUGCCACAGCAGUAUAAGCAGGUAUUAGCAUAGUAACAGCAUGACAUUUUUCAAGCGUGUCAGUCAAUUAUGCUGCACAUUUUUUUAAUAUGGUGGUCUGUUCGGUUAUGUAGAGUUGGCCAUCACAUGGGACAAAUACUCCUUGCUAUUUGUUAUGUAACGGCUCUGCUUGUUGGUGGAGUCUGCCAGGCUUUGAGCUCUUGGCCUUGUGAGGGUUUGACUGUGGCGCGGGUGCUGGCCUUUGGGUGUGGGUUGUGCGUGUGACUCAUUGGGCCCUUUGCCUUGUCAACAGGCUGGCUGCUGGGAUAUGAGUGCUUGAGGGAACUUAACAUCUACGAUACCCUCUCCUAGCGAAGGAGAUAUAGCUCCUGGGGGUGUCCAAAUUUACUUCUAGAUUAAUAACCUCUCCAGGUAGCUAUUGGAUAGACUGUGUGAUAAGGGCAAGUGUGGUGUGGGGCUUGGGGGUUAGCCCUAAUGUUGUGUCCGGCUAGACAUGGUUCUAGGACCGUAAGCUGAACCCCUCGCACCCUUGCAUUCGCUACCCCGGUACCCUGAGGAGAAGGGGGGGGGGAUGGUGUUAUCGGAUCCCAUGGUGAGCACCUUGUGUGCCAGUUAAGUGUCUCAGCCACACAGGGCGGGUGAGGUACUAUUACCUUCCCGCAUAGGUAUUUAGGUACAAUAUAUUGGCAGGUAACGAAAAGUGCAACUGACUAACAAAACCUAUUGAAAGAAGGAAACAAUAAGUAAUACAUUGCAGCGUUAGCUGGUCAGGUACUGUUAACAUUUCAGGUCGUUGGUCUCUUGUCUCUUCUGGGCUUGAAUGUGGGUAUUUCAGCAACAGUCUGGGAGUGAGUGCGAGGUAGUCCCUCAUUAGGGGUGUUUCGUGAGGAGAGGCCCAGUGCUGCUAGUGGAGCAGGAGCAUCUGCCUGUUUUGUGGCUUUGUAUGAUUUCCCAUCCUUUGUUACCCACAGUGAUCUUGGAGUUGCCCAUUGGUAAGUUAGGCCUUCAGUUUGUAGAGUCUUUGUGAGGGGCUGCAUAGAUUUAUGCCAUAGCAGUGUGCCUCUGCUUAAAUCUUGGAAGAAGGAAUUUUGACAUACUUCGAAGUCAUAUGGUGACUUCCCUUUUAGUGCAGCUAACAGCCCCAUCUUGUCGGAUAUCAUUUGGCAUCUAAGUGUAAUGUCGCGUGGUGCAGUAGCUGGGGCGUGUGGGGACUUAGUGAUUCUGUACACCCCAUCAAAGGUGAAGUAUUUGGCUUAUCUCGCUGGCAGGAGGGAGGCCACUAGUCAUCUUAUGAAUUGUGGAUUUUAUUUUGCUACCCAAGAAGGGUUCUAGUACAAUGGGAUCCCUGUUCCCCAAGUAUAUUUGCAGAGGGAACUGAGUUCUACUGUGCACUGCAUGUAGUACUGGAACAUUUAUAUAGACAAUGUGAGCGUUUUAAAAUUGCAGAGAAGCAAAUGAAAAAAGAUCUACAUUAAUUUUUUUUAAUUUUGUACAUUGUGCCUGGCAAUAGUAAGGAGAGAUGGAGGACCAUUUUGUGUGUGUGUGUGGGGAGCGGUUAUAUGUUGAUAGGAUACCUUGGUGUAGACAUUUACACACUUGAACUUGAAUGUUUAAGAGUGUGAUGAUGUAAAUAAUGGAUUGUGGUGAUGAAACUGAAGAGCCUCCAUACUUCUUUUUUUUAGUAUUUGACCCCUGUACCAAAAAUACAACGUAUCAUUUAGUAUGAUUUAAAUAUACAAAAAAUGGAGGUAAAAAAAGAAUUAAAAUUUUCAUGAUUUUAUGUAUAAUAUUUUUUCACAACUAAAGUUUGUCCUCCUAUGCCUAGGCUUUCAAUGUAUUUUUGUUCAACUGGUUUCACAGUACAGGGAGUGCAUUACUGUUUCAGUUAUAACAUUUAAAGAAUUUAAUAUGCAGAACUUGUUCAUAGAGGUCACCAAACUCUUAUGUAUUCAUUUAUUUAUUUUGUGUGUAUGUGCGCAUGGGAACUUUUCAGACCUGCUAUUAACGGGGACCUCUGGGUGUAAAUCACUGUCAGAUCUAAGCAUCAGGGAGGCAAACACUCGGACUGUGUGGUCAGGCAAACAGGGGGUGACUGAAAGGCUCUCCGGUUCCCCCAUGAUAUCCUUAGUACCCGACAAUAUCAGUGAUGAUGUUGCAGGCACAUGGCCAAAAGUGAAAGUUUGCAUUUUUAAUGAAAUGUGACAGCUCUCAAUUAUAUUGUUUGUUACAGCCAGAUGAUUAGCUUGGGCCAAUAAAUCUAGCCACUUCUCACAAUGGAACACCAGGUAUUAAUAGCUACCUGGAUCUCCCAGUGCACGUAGGGGGCACCAGAACUGCAGGAUGUUCCAUGCUAUCAUAAGCGACUUUAAAGACAAUUAUUUUCAAGAUAGAAUAGAAACGGCUAAGGAUCUUAUGAGGCCAAAGUGAUUGCUUAAUAUUUUAUGAUUAUUCCCAAGUAUAUAAAUAAUCUGAAGUUUACCUGAAAACUAAACAUCACCUUGGCCAGAAUUUAAUGUUUUAUAUUUUCAGUCAGUGUUGACUCUCUAGAGCAGGGGUAGGCAACUUUCAGCACACCAGAUGUUGUGCACUACAUCUCCCCUGAUGCUUUGCCAACAUUAUGUCUGUAACAGCAUUAUGGGAGAUGUAGUCUACAACAUCUGCAGUGCCAAAGGUUGCCAACCCCUGCUCAUUUUAACACGAUUAGCAUGCCUCUCAUCAUAACUGAUUUUGGCAGGGCAGUCAUGAUUUUUUGGUCCUGUCCCACGGUCUCAACUUUGUUUUCUGGGGUCCUGCUUUUGGACCAACAGUGCUCUGUGCCUGAUCUGACAGGCAGCCUGGCUUUUAUUUAAGAGUGGGGAAAAAGUCAAAUGAUGUUAUUAGCAGCAGGGGUAGGAGUUCACAUUACCCUUAUGCCCAAAACACAAGUUUUUAUAUGUUUACAAUAACAAAAUCAUCUAUAUUAAUACAAAGUAUUGUUUUAUGAAAUCAUCAAGCUAGAAUAAAAUUUACACCGAAAUUCAAACUUCAUUUAUUGUGUAGUAGAUCUUCAAGUCAUUGCUAGCUAUAAUAAAACCAUUUUGUUUUGCAAUGUGAACAUGAAAUGACCAGGUGGCAGCAGUGAAUAAGUAUGACCCUCCACCAGAAGUGAUUGCAGCCCGAGACCACAUGGCAAAUGUUAUGUACAGCAUGAUACAGCUUCAGAAAGUUCUUGACAGGUAAACUUAAUGUGUUGUUUGCAAACUAAUAAUUAUUCAUCAUGAAAGAUCUUUCUACUUUGGCCAAAUAAAGGCACUCGUUGGAAAGGACAAUUAAUGUGAAAGAGAAGAAAGCUGUAAAUUGGGGCAAUUUAAUUGGGUAAAUUAAUAGGUUUUAGAAUCAAUGAGGAGCAUUUUGUGCUUAAUAUCAACCAAAACUAAAAGUAGGGACAAAGCGUUCCUAUUCACAGUUAGUUACAAUGCAUUCUGUGUACCUGCUGUCCCAGUUAUAAAAGAUCAGUAUGCUUUUACUUCUAGAAAAAUGUGGUUUCACUUCACAACACUGGAAGGUAAAACCUAUAUACUUUGCAGUGCUAUCUUUAUAUUGCUUUAUAUCAUAUGAAAAACAACAGUAGCAUCAUUGGUUUAUUGAUCAAGUUAAUUAAUGCAACUUAUUACUGAAUAUAUGUAGAAUAAAUGCCAUUGGCAAAGAAGUGGAGUCCUUCCAUUACAUUAAAUUAAAUGUUGUAUUUGGGGUCUUAUGGUAAAGGCAUGCACAAACCCAGCUCUCUCUAGGACCAGUGAUCUAGUGAAUCUGUAAUUUGAUAAUUUACUGUAGUCAUAUUGCCAAUUCUACAUGUCAUUUUUAUGGAUACGCCAUAAAGCUAUGGAAUAGUGUCUUCUUAACACAUUAACACACAGUCAGUGAUAGCGUUAUAUCGACUAACAUGUAAACUUUUUACCCUAUCUCCAGAAAUACCCUGUUGUACAUCAUGCCAUUUGUAUGUUAUAAAAUAAUCUUUAUAAAAGUCUUAGGCGAAAUAAACACAUAUAUAAUAUAAUAAUUACUGGACCCCUUAUGCUUUUUUAGGUUGUGGUUGGUAUUGUCCUCUUCUAGCUUGUAGAUGUCACUAUGAAAAUUAUCAUUUUCAAAUUUUAUUAUGCCAUCAUCUUAUUAUUUUGUAUCUAAUUUAUCUAAGCUAAUAAAAAAAAUUAAAAUUUGAAAAUGAUAAUUUUCAUAAUGACAUCUACAAGCUAGAAGAGGACAAUACCAACCACAACCUAAAAAAGCAUAAGGGGUCCAGUAAUCAUAACAACCUGAAAAAAAGGAAGGCAAAUCAACCAUACAUAUAAUAUGAUAUAUAUUCUAUAUAUGUGUAAUAUCCAGGAGGGAGUGUAAUGCAGUCCCAAGAUAAAGUUGGAGCAUUGAUGAUGUCCAAGCAAACUCCAAAUGCAGUCCAAACAAUAGCAGACAAGCGAAUAAAACCCACUUCAGACCAAUUAGACUCAAUAAAAAUACAUACCUGUGUGUCUGUAUGAUGAAAUUCUUAACCAAAGGUGGGAAUCACACUGGUAUAAAUCCUCACAGUCUUGUAUUCCUAGUGAAAUGGGAAAACUCCACGAAAAAAGAAAGGGGAGUGUAUUAUAGUGAUGGGAGGGGGGCAGCGUGUUAAGUUGGGGGGAGGGCAGUGUAUUAAAUUGAGGGAGCGAGGUGGCAGUGUAUUAAAUUAGAGUGGUGGGAGUUUGGGCAGUGUAUUCAGUUAGAGUGGAGAGAGGGGGGGCAAUACAUUAGAUUCGGGGGAGGGGUCAGUGUAUUAGAGUGGGGGAGGCUGUGUAUUAGAUUUGGUGGGCAGUGUGUUAGUUUGGGGAGGGCAUUGUAUUAGUUUGGGGGGGAUGAGGCAAUGUAUAAUAGUUGAGGAAAGGGGGCAGUGGAUUGGAUUUGGUGGCAGUGAAUUAGAAUGGGGGGUGUUUUAGAUUGGGUCUGCACGGAGGCGCUGUAUGUUCCCCAUGGAGAUAAUGAUUGGCUGCACUGCCCACUUUUGCCACACAUGCACAGUAGCCUCCCAAUGCUUUCCUGUAGAAAAGCAUUGCAUUGGCUGAGAUGAUCUCAGCCAAAGUGAUGAACACACUCCUAGUACUUCGAAAUUAACAAGAUAACAUCAUUUGUUUUUUUUACAGCUGUGCAACAGCAUACAUUCAACAUUACCAAACUUUUCUUAAUAUAUCAAGUUAGUUGGACUAAAACAUUGGUUAUAUGGAAAUACACAUCUCCUUAAUAAAUUUGGUCUUUUGUUUACUUUGAAGCUCUACGAGCAUGAGGACUCCAGUGUCAAGCGACUUUUUUUAUACUGUACUUUUAAAAAUAAACCUAUGUUUCUAUGAAAACUGAAGUUUUUUUUUUUUUUGUAGCACCCAUAAACUUAAACCUUGUUUAUUUGGCCUGUCUUAGCCUAUGAAUUUGACAUGCUUUUUCUUGACUGACCCAAUUAACAUCUAAUCUUCUACAAAUGUCUCACUUUCCUGUAUCCUGAUUUCCCUUCUCAUAGUCCUCACAUAUCUAUAUUCCCCCAUCAGCCAUAGUCCCCACCCUUCACUGCGAUAUCCACUCUAUAUUCUAUCCCACUAACUCUAACCAUAUUUCCACCAGUCUCAGGUAAAAUCUGCCAUACUUCCUGCUUCUCUAGCUAUGCUUCUCCAAUCAAAUCCCAUCAUCAUAUUUUCAUUCCCUCAUUGAAUAAGCAUGUCUGUAUUAACUCACUCUGCUCUUUGCAUCUGCCAGCCAGCGUAGGAAGAGAAGUACAGAGAGGAAGAGAAACAGAAACAAUGUUUUUGUUUCUCCUGCUUCAAUGCAAUAUAUCCUGCUUCAAUGCAAUAUGUUCAGGACUGAACUGGAUUGUGAUGUCAAUUCCUGAAUCCUUUUAAAAGAAAAUGGAACAUCACAUUAAGUUAUGUGAUAUAAAUAAGUAUUUUGUGCUUCCCGAUUUCCAGCAAGUUUUACCAUUGCCUUGAACAUUUCAUUCAUUAACUUCAAAUGGAGAUACUUAAACUAUGUUCUUGUCUUGCAGUACGUUGCCUAACUUGGACACCCCAUACCCUAUGCUAGUGCUUACUGGGCCCCAGUCCUGUGGAAAGAGAGAAAUGGCACAUCGGAUGUGCAGGGAAUUUAAGGAGUUCUUCCGUUAUGGGUGAGUUCUAAUACUUUCCUAUUUAAAUUGUGGGGGGUUUUUUGGGACUUUUAUUUUUUUAAUGCAUGCAAUAUUACCACUUGUAAUUGGUAAUUUGCAAUUUUAAACAUUGCCACUAGGUGUCACUUCUGCCAUACUCAUGGUGAUUUAAAAUCACACAGAGCUAGCCCUAUACUGAUUUCAAUGUAUAUGCAUUGAAUAUAAGUUAAUCAAUGUACAAAUAUCACAAAGCUAAGUUAAUAAACACUCAUGGACAUGGAUAAUUAAAAAAAAAAAAAUUUUUAAGCAGAGCAUACCAUUGGGCUUAAUGUCACCUAUUUAUUACAAAGUGUAAUUCACAUUACUUAAUGCACAUAUGUGCAUGCACAAGGGAGUGCAAGCAUAUGCUUGAAAUCAUAUGUAAGUGACCGUGAGAUGUUAAAAAUGAAAUGCAUGUCAAAGAUAACUUUAAAAAUAUAUACGUUACUCUUAUUGAACCCUUUCUGAUUGAUUGCCUACAACAAGUUGUUUGUAGUUAUACAAACAUGUGUUACAUAUUAGACAUGAGAGAGUGAAAAAGUAUUCCAGUAAAAUAUUCAGCCCAGCACUUGCAGCAGAUGGGUUCAUUUAGUAGUGUACUCUUCAGCUUUGUGGGAAUUUCAACCUAUUUAAACGUCUGAACAAGAUACUUGAAAUUAAAAGCAUCAUAGAUCAAAUUAAAUAAAGGAAUAGCUAACCUAAUUUUCUCUAGAACUAGUUAUGUGAUCCAGGUGCAUCAUCUUGUUUUAUUUGGACCAACUCAUACAUGUGAAAUUAAAAAAAAGGCAACAUAUCCCACCCGGGUUUGAAAACCUAAUCGUAUUUUAGUAAAAUGUAAACAGCACAUCCCAAUCUUCUUUAAAGCCUUUUGCUCACCAGGAAUGGGUUGAGAUGUUUGAAGUGAGGUGGAUGCUUCAUCUACAUCAUAAUAAUAUGUGCUUGUUAGCAGAAUGUAUGGCAUAUGGGCCGGUGCUUUUAGAUAACCUUUAGAUAACUUCAGCUGAACCUUACUACUUGCAAUGUUUUAGAACUUAAACAAUGAUAAUAAAAUAUUUUUUUUCAGUAAUUGUAACAUUUAGCUUUAUUAACAUGACAUUGGCUUGAAAAUGUGUGGGCAGGGCAGAUUGCAGCAUUGUAAUGUAUUGCACAUUCAUAGUGUUUUUCAUUACAUAAUAUUGGCUACUUCAUCUCUUGCAUAUUAUGGUUGCUGAAGAGUACUGUGUGCAACUCGAAAGUUUAAAAUACUGUACCUGCAGGAACACUCAGGUUCUUUCCAAGGAUGAUAACCUAUACCGGGUAACUGACUGAUAAAUCAAUCUUAUCUAAUAAACCCGGUAAUUAACUGCUAAUAAAAUCUUAUCUUAUUCACCAGGUAUUUGCCUGAUAAAUCAGUCUUAUCUUAUAUACCAAGUACCUGGCUGGUAAGUCGAUCUCGUCUUAUAUACCAGGUACUUGGCUGGAGAGUUGAUCGUAUCUUAUUCACCAGGUACUUGCCUGAUAAAUCAGUCUUAUCUUAUAUAUCAAGUACCUGGUUGGUAAGUCGAUCUCGUCUUGUAUACCAGGUACUUGGCUGGAGAGUUGAUCGUAUCUUAUUCACCAGGUACUUGCCUGAUAAAUCAGUCUUAUCUUAUAUACCAAGUACCUGGUUGGUAAGUCGAUCUCGUCUUAUAUACCAGGUACUUGGCUGGAGAGUUGAUCUUAUCUUAUAUACCAGGUACUUGGCUGAUAAAUCACUCUUAUCUAAUAUACCAUGUACACACUUAUCUUAUAAAUGCAUCUUAUAGAUGGGGAAAUCUGAUGGCAAAAAACAAACUAGAUGUCUACGUUUGUAAUUUUUUAUGCGCGGCCUUAGGAUCACCUAUCUCACUCAUGACAAUGUUCUUUUUUCAGCCCAUGCCACACCACCAGGAAUCCAUACUUUGGUGAGGAGAAACGUUUUGAUUACCAUUUUGUCACACCAGAGAUGUUUGAAGAUAUGACUUGCUCAGUGAGUAGAAUGCUUUCUUUGAUUGAUUCUUUCUUUCUUUCUUUAUUCAUUAUCUUUUAAUAAGAUUGCCCUUUUCUAUUAUUUAUUUACCAAGACUGAAUUCUGCCAGAAACUGCAAAUGUCUGCAGUACAUGUCAGUGUCCCCUGGCCAUAUUGCCAUAUGUCAUAAUGCUGUAUAGAAUGCUGUUAUCAUACUUGUUUUUGUUCCAGGGCCAGUUUAUCCUGACUAUGAAAUAUAGUGGUCACUAUUAUGGACUAAGCCGGGAAGCUGUUGAAUCUGUUGCAAGGGAAGGGCUUGCUUGCUGCACACACAUGGAAAUUGAGGUAUAUGCCACAGUGCUACAGGAAACAUUUUCAUGGUCAGCAUUCCAAGCCCAUGACUACAGUCAACAACAAUUAGUUGCAAAUUCUAACUAUUGCUUGAUAAUUAAGUAAUGAGGUGAUGAUUAGCUAGCUGUUGAAGUGAUCACAAUACCAACGUUCCUAUACUUUUCAACCGCACUUUUAUAUCACUUUUUUGGGGUGCCAUACACUCACAUAUCACGACAAUUCGUCAGAAGGAGAGUCAUUGACACUUGGCAAAGUCACCCCUUGAAAGAACUUAGUCUUCAUUAACCUAUGAUGAAAUGAAAACAUCAGUCAAUUUUCUUUGUUGUUGAUAUUUGCUGUUGGCCUAUCAAGCUCUACAUUGAGUGAUUAAAGGGACCCUCCACUGCCCACAUAAGCUAAAAAAAAUGUAGAAAUCUCUAUUUAGUGGAUAUACUUCCAACAAAUUAAUGCAUGCAUGCAUUCAUUGUGGACAUAUAUUAUUAAAAGAGCUUGCAAAAGCUGCAGUUCUUAUGAACUGCAUCCUUUGCAAGUUCUCCCAUAUUAUCCCGGAAGAGACAAACAGUCUCUUGAAGGGGAAUUAGGUUUUUGUCACUGAGAAUCCUCUGAAGCUCUGAGAAGAUCACACAUGUAUGUAAGUGUCUAACAAUAUUUAUAUUUCUUCAAUUUGUUUCCUCAUGGUUCUCAGUAGCAAAGACAGAGAGCUAAAUUUUGCUAAUGUGGAAAAUGUAUCACUCAUACAAUCAAAACAUGUUAGGAUGAUUAAAAAAUGCACUGAAAUUGGUGCUUUUGAAAAGGAAUGUAGGGGAGGGGCCAAAAACACUAUUGACAAGCAGGAAAAUGGAGUUAAUGUGAUACAAUGGGUUAAAAUAUCACACAUUAAACAGGAUCUGCUUGUCCAUGUAAUGGCAUUGCCUUUACAGUGUUUAAUAAACAUUCUAUAUCUUAGUUAACAUAGAUGACACAUUGUUUCUCGACUCAGGGUGUAAGGAGCCUGAAGAAUUCAUAUUUUGAGCCUCGUUAUAUCUUGCUCCUCCCAAUGAACAAAGAGAAGUAUGAAGGGUGGCUGAGGAGAAAAGGCUUGUUCACCAGACCUGAGAUAGACGUUGCAGUGUCCAGAGUAGACAUGUACAUUAAAAUUCACCAAGACUGCCCAGGCUAUUUUGAUGCUGUGAUCAAUACAGGUAACCGAAACAAAAUCCAAGAAUGAGAUGUAUGUAUGUUUUGUAACAUUGGUUUUUCGUUUCUAUGUAUAUAUGUAUGUGUACAGUAUGUUAUGUAUGUAUUUAAUAAAGUUAUCAUAUUCUAUAUUUCAUGUAGAUGAUUUGGAGGAAGCAUAUACUAAAUUAAGACAACUAGUGAAGGAGUAUCUGGGUCUGACAGAGUCUGAUCAGUCAACUCACAUUGUAACUGCAGCAGGUGAGUCACAGUUUCAACGUGAAGGGUAAAUUAAUACUAUGGAUGGUACAUUAACAGUCUUACAGCACACAUGAAUUGUGUGAAAUAAGUUAAUAUAGUACCAGGUAUUCUGUGUUCAUUUAUUCAUGAGCUGAAUUCAGCAUUGCCAAAGAGCUUAAAAUUAUGCAUAUUGCAGCACUUCCUUCAAAAGGACUUUAGAGUUUAUUAAAUACACACUCCAGCAUUUUGAUUAUUUUCUAUUCAUUCAAUAUGCUAUGAUAUAGUUAAUAGAGGGGAAAUAGUGUGUUUAAAAGUAGCUUCACUAAAAGUCAAAAUGUUUCAAGUAUACAAAAAAAUAAACUACAAAUUAUCAAAGAGAACUCAGAUGAAGCUGGACAAAUGUUGCAUACGCACCCUAUAUUCCCUGCUCAUGUUGUCUUGCAGUCCUACAGCAACCUAUGAAGAAAAGUUGCAAGUGUUCUAAGAACUGUGUUUCCACUUUUCUGUGGAUCAUGAUUGGCACUCUCACUAAUCAUUAUAUCUAGAAAAAAACAGGAAAAGGAUGACAAAUUGCUAACCUUUUGGUAUUAUGCACACACUUUUUAUUUAUUUUUUUUACAUACAAGUUGAUUGCCAUUUCUGGUUCUGUAAGUUCAUCACUAAUGCUUUACUUAAUUUCAUAUGUGAUGAGCAAUCUUAGAUUAUCUCUUUUAGCAAAGGUUCAUUCAUUUGUUUCCAAAAUAAGACUCCCUUUUUAUUUUCUUAUCAGAGCUCAUGCUAUUGCACCAUAUGAAAUUUCCCAAGCUUUGUUUACCUUAUCAUAAGUCUUUUGAGCACUUAGCUCAUUAUUAGGAAAAACAUCAUGUCAUUUAACUUUAGUUGCAUUGUUAUAUAUAUAUACUCAUUAGCAGAAUCCAAUAUGGACACAUAACAUAUGCCGUGUCCUAUAUUUUAAGAUUUAAGAAAAUCAUUGACUGGAUCUUCACCGAAUGAAAGAAGUAAACCUCCUCAGGCUGAAGUAAACAAUGAAUUUCUAGAUUCUGCUGCCAGGAACUACUCAGCCAGAGUCUCUGCAAAAUUAUCCCCACAGAAAACCUCAGUGGUAAGGCGUUCUCCUGAUGAUAAUACAUCAACAUGUAGAUUAGCUUAUAAUGAAUCGACACGUAUGUUUCAUUAUUAAUAUUCUCCUAGGAAGAAGCUUCUGUACAGAGACGUCAGUUGGCAGCCAGGCAGGCAUUAGCGGGGAAGACACCAGGAACGUAUACUCAGCUGUUCCAAAGGUAAGCUAAAAUGUGCACACGCAACGGGUUCACUGGUAAUGCUACAGCCCACUUCUAGAUGGGGUGCUCCUAGAUAAUUAGUACUUGAAAAUGGAUGAAGCUCAAAAAAUUAAAAACAUUGAAAAUGUAAUAAAAAUAAUAUUUUUUGCCUUUAAUUGUCCCAUUUGUGCCGGUAUCGGUCUCUUUGUCUCUGUUCUUUGUCACUCACGCUAUUUCUUCUUGCUGCUCUCGUCUCUACUUUUUUCCUGUCUUGGAUUUUUUAAUGAUUCUAAUUUUCCCUUCAUUAUUCUCAGUCAAUGUGGUCACUCCUCCCAGGUCCGGCCCAAGGCAUUGUACUGCCUGGGUCAAAGGAUGAAAUGCUGCCCCCUCCUCGAACAAAACCACACCAACCAAAACACGUACACGUCCAUUAUUUUAUGCAGUGUGUGUAGUGUGUGUAUUGUGUAUUUGUGUAGUGGAUGCAGUGUAUUGCAUUGUGUGUGGGUAUAAUGGAUGCACAGUGUGUGUAGUGUGUGUGUGUGUAUGUAUAGUGGAUGUAGUGUGUGUAUAGUAGAUACUAUGUAGUGUGUGUAUAGUGGAUGCAAUGUCUGUAUAUAGUGGAUGUAGUGUGGCUGUAGUGUGUGUGUGUGUGUGUAUAGUGGAUGUAUUGUGUAUGUGUGUGUAUAGUGGAUGCAGUGACUCUGUUAAUUAAAUGCAUGCUGUGUGUGUUUGUGGUGAUAAGUACAUUUGUGGGGGUGAGCAAUUUAUUUUAUUCCCUCCCGAGCUUCUUCCCUGCCUGCCUCUUACCUGUGGGCAGAGAGGUGUGAUACAUGAUUCCAUGGUGGUACAGUGAAGAGGGCCUUGAGAGUGAUCUUACAUCCCCAGCAGCAGCACGCAAUGCAUGCCGGAACAUUGCUAUGUCCACCCAUGGUAACACUCUUGCGGCUAGAUAGAGAAGAGCAUCUGUAGCUGCUGGGGAUUGUAAGAUCACUCUCAGGGCUCCCUCUUCACUGUACACACCAGCAGGGCCCGGAACAGCACAAGUGUAGAGUGGUAAUCGUUAUAUGUGCAAAUAGGCGGCCCGGGCUCUGCUCCAGAUUACUUAAAGGUUAAUUUUGCCGCCCCUGUCACAGUGCCACUGGGGCCAAUAGACAGGCCGGCCCUGACUCCUCCCAUGUAUGGCUUUUUGAUCCAUCCAAGCUUUGAUACUAAAAAUAUCAUCAUUGUGAAAAUGAGGAUUCAUAAUGUAAUACUGAAUAUUCCACCAGCUAAAUGUAAAGAUGCAUACCAUUGUGUUGCACCAGUCAUGUGGUGUUCAGACCUCCCAAAUGCGGCACCACACCAAUUUCUCCAGUCAGUGUGUUUCUGCCCCUUUUUUAUGGUGAAGCAUCCGUGCAUUCACAUCAUGACAUUAUCGACAUGGAAUUGCAUUUACAUUUUGGGGGCAUGGAUAUUAUUGCCCCAAAUCUAUAAAUACCUGUUUUUUGCAUUUGUUCAUUGACCUGUUGUGGUUACCUUCUGAUCCCAAUAGCGCAUUUUUGAUCUGUGAUUUUCUGGUUUCCCUAUUCGGCUUGUCUGAUUAGUCGAUUAUCCAUGCUCUUUGACUGGGCUUGGCCUAUCGUCCUUGUGUACUUCUGGAAUCCCUGACCCUUGCUUUGUUUCUUAACUUCGCUAUUUUACCUACUGUAGGCAUUGUGUUAAGCCCAGUCACAAUAAGGUCUGAUAAUACGCUGCUAUCCUUUGUUCUUCUCCUUGGUCAGUAUAGGUUUAAAGGACCACUCUAGGCACCCAGACCAUUUCAGCUUAAUGAAGUGGUCUGGGUGCCAGGUCCAGAUAGGGUUAACCCAUUUUUUUUAUAAUCAUAGCAGUUUCAGAGAAACUGCUAUUUUUAUAAAUGGGUUAAGCCUUCCUCCAAAGCCUCUAGCGGCUGUCUUAUUGACAGCCACUCGAGGCGAUUGCGUGAUUCUCACUGUGAAAAUCACAGUGAGAGCACGCAAGCGUCCAUAGGAAAGCAUUGCAAAUGCUUUCCUAUGCGACCGGCUGAAUGCGCGCGCAGCUCUUGCCGCGCGUGCGCCUUCAGCCGAAUGGGCGGAGAGGAGGAUGAUCGGAAGAGGAGAGCUCCCAGCCCGGCGCUGGAAAAAGGUAAGUUUUAACCCCUUUCCAGAGCCGGGCAGGAGGGGGUCCCUGAGGGUGGGGGCAUCCUCAGGGCACUAUAGUGCCAGGAAAACGAGUAUGUUUUCCUGGUACAAUAGUGGUCCUUUAAGCAUAACGUGUAGGGUUAUUAUACUUACUGUGACACUAAAACAGUGUUUCCGAAUUUUGUAUAUGACAUUAGCUUGCCUACAAGGUUUUAAUGAACUCAGUGACCCAUUCUACAAUUACAAUAAAAUAUAUAACAAAAUAAAUCCUGCAAAAAAACCUAAUUAGAUACAAACCAUUGCCCUGAGGAAAGCAAGGUUGCUACAAUAUAUUUUUUUUUUUUGUGGCCAGUUGCCUGUAAAUAUGUUGUACCUGUUUCAAUCACUGAAGACGAACUGAUAUGGCAUAGGAACCCAAUAGUGACUCCUGGCAUAGAGAUUAAGAACAUCUGGCAUAGAAUAACAGCAGCAGAGUUGUAAAUGCUGAUGAAUUUUACCUCUUACCUCCAAGUAGUUUUUUUGGUAGAUUAACGCCUCAGUUUGUGGUCCUUGAAUAACAUUUUCUUCCUUGUUUAAUAUAGAUGUUUAUGAUUAAUAUAAAGUUAAACCCCCUAAGUUCUGGUGAGGGGAAUAAUACAAUUUGCUGUGAUAUAUCUGCAGGUUAAACAUGUACAGGCUUGCUAUAUUUCAUUGUCAACAGCAUAAUGAAUGUUGUCUGCGAGCUGCACACUAAUCACUGUAGGGAAGAUGAAUAGCAUAAUCUCAUGGGGAAAAAACUGUGUGUUCAGUCAUUUCAAAUAACACACAGCACACAAAUGUCCUUAACAAGCACUGACUGAAGAUGUAUUCACUUAACUGGAAAUGGCUGAAUUUCAUGGAGCUCUGAAAGUUUUAUUUCCUACUUCAGUCAAGGUCUUAUGUCAAGGGAUCUUCUACUUUGCAAAUAUUUUGUCAAUCUAAGACAUCCAGUAAGGAUAGAGACUUGAGUUAGUGACAGAGAACUUUCAGAGGUUUCCACCAGAGUAUCCGAUAUUUCCUUAGAUUUUUUUUUUUUUUAUAUUGUUGGGCACUUCCUGUGAAUGAUAUAGAGCCAUGGAGAAGUUAUGCUCAGACAGGCAGGAAUUUAGCAGGGUGAUGUGAUUUGUGAGCCUUGAUAGGUUAGCUGCUGGGGGCCCAUUAUUAGCUUUCGGGCCAGCAUAUGGAUUUCUCGUUGGUUUAAACUUUCCAUAGGGGUUUCUGUGAUAAACACUAGCCACUUGACAAUGUUUGAUCUCCUACUUUUUUUGUGGGCUUGUAUAUGGAACAAAAAAUAAAAAACAAAAAAUAAAAAUAGGUGCGCUGUAUCUUUAAAUGUUAAAAAGUGCAAAUAGUGCAAUAAUAUGUGCAAAUAUUUUGUGCAAAAACAGUGUGUAUACAAUCACAUUCAAUGUGGCAUAAGUGCAAAAUGCAAAUGUGAUAGUGUAAAAAUCAAUAUCCAAGACAAAUAACUUACAAGGGAAAUAUAUGUCUCCUUAAAUUCUCCAAAUCACAUAAGAACAUAUGUAAAAAGAGAUAAAAAAUGGAGAAACAUAGUAUAAUAUUGUUUUACAUAAAUAUAAAGACCAGCAAGUAGAAUUAGGAAUAUCACUCACAAGUGAAGAGCAGUAAAAGCCUGCUCAAACUGAUCCAGCUUUGAAUCCAAAAACCAGGACUUCAAUGUUGGUGUAAAUAGGCAGGACACCAGCUUCCCAAAUUAAAAACAGCUUUAUUGAAAAUAAGUGGAAUCCACACUCUCCGUUUCCAUAUAGCAGCCAAAUAACCUUUUGCCAGUACUGUGUAAUGUAUAUCUACCAGUCCCUGGUGACUUUCGGUAUUACAGACUUCACUUCCUGGAACUCGGAGUUUCGUCCGGUCACGUGAUGGCGUGAUGACGUAAUCGACGUGAUGACGCGUUUCGCCCAAUCGGCUUCCUCAGAUCACAUCCUGAUGUAGCUAGUCCUGCCUUUUAAAGCCCAUACAUGGGUGUGGUUUGUAUCAAUCAUUGUAGAAACUCCCCAUAAACUAAUUAGGGGUAGAUCUUGUAAAUGUCUAUAUUUAGAAAGUCCAUGACACAUAAAAACAACAAGAAAAACAAGAAAAACAAGUAUAGCAUAAGGCUAAUCUUCUAAUUAAAAAAACCUCAUCCAAAUGACUCAUAGAACAGCAGUAGAUAAUAGUAAUAAUAAUAAUAGCACAUAGAUACUUCUAGUUAGCAUCUAAUAUAAUUCCACAAGAGGAAGAAUAUGUAUAUGCAUAUAUACACAUACACACAGGGUCAUAUAUAUACAUAUAUAUAUAUAUAUGGAAAAAAAGGGAUAUACAUACACAUAUAAAUCACAUAUAUAUUUAUAUAUAUAAAAUUUACAUAAAAAACCUAGGUAAAAAACCAAAAUAAAAAACCAAAGGAAGCCUUCUAUAAAGGGGAAGAAAAAGGAAGUAAGUUAAUAAUCUUUAAAAAAAAAAUUUUUUUAAAAAUCUAAAAGACAGGCACAAGAGAAAAAAAAGGUCAUUAAAAAAAGUUGUACAAAUCGAAUUCAAUAUUGAGGCCCUUAGGUUCAAGAGUAUUUAAUGUAUGAACCCAUUUCAUCUCUUCUUUUCCCAAAUGUUGGAUAGAAUUUCCUCCUCGCCAUGAUUUUUUAACUAAUUGAAUCCCUAAAAAUGUAAGGCCACUAGGAUCGCUAUUGUGGUACUUCUUAAAAUGGGCAGAUACACUAUGAUGGUCUAAACCUUUACGGAUAUUAUUAACGUGUUCAUAAAUUCUUUUAUGUAGGGGGCGAAUAGUCCUCCCCACAUAUUGCAGCCCACAUGGGCAUAUUAAAAGAUAUAUAAUAUUUUUAGUAAAACAAGUUAUAAAAUCCUUAAUAGUAUAUUCUUCUUUUGCAUAUUUUGUCUUAAACUUACUUAUCCCUUUUAAGGUAUUAUUCUUGCUACACUUACAACCUGCACAUUUUCCACAAGAAUAAAAACCUUUUUUAUUUACAUUUAAAUUUAAAAAAGUUUCAGGCAUCUCCUUUCUUGGAUGGUUAAAGGUUAAAAUCUGUUUUAGACUAGGUGCACCCCUAAAGGUAAUAAAAGGUAUAUCUGGGAUAAUUGUCGAUAAUUCCCUGUCUUUCUUUAAAAGGUGCCAGUGUUUCUUAAUAAUAGAUUUAACUUUAUUCGAAUCUUGAUUAAAGUCUAAAACCAAAGGUACCUUCUCAAAUUUAUUUUGUUUGUCCCUAUGGUUACUUUGUUUGAAGACUAAUUCGUUUUGAUGAUAUUCUUUAAUUUCAUCAUAAGCUUUUUCUAAGAUAUUAGUGGGAUAUAAUUUUUGGGAAAAUUUGUCUAUCACUAUCUUUGCUUGCUCCUCAAAGACAUGUUGUUCAGUGCAGUUCCUUCUUAUUCUUUGUAGUUGACCUUUUGGGAUAUUAUUUAGCCAUGGAGUAUAGUGCCCACUGUUAUACAAUACAUAACUAUUUGCAUCUACUUUUUAAAAAAAAAUUUUAGUUUUUAAAAUGCCUGUUUCCUCAUAAAUUUCUAAAUCUAAAAAAUUAAUACUAUGGUUAUUAAAGAGACUACUAAAAUUUAAACCCCAGUCAUUUACAUUAAUAUUCUCUAAAAAAAAAGCUCUAAAUCCAGUUGUGUGCCUCUCCAGAUAAAAAAUAUAUCAUCUAUAUAUCUAUGGUAGGAGACCAGGUUCGUCCCCCAGUGUUGGCUGGUAUAAAUAACUUCUGUUUCCCAGCUCGACAUAAACAAAUUAGCGUAACUGGGGGCGAACCUGGUCCCCAUAGCAGUACCUUGUAGUUAAAAUUAAAAUAAUUAUUUUCUAAAAUCCAUUUAAUGCUAUCAGUUAAAAAUAAAACAUGUUCCUUAGUAAAAUUACCUGAGUUUUCCAAAAUUUCCUGAAUUACUUUACAUCCCUUGUCAUGAGAAAUGGAAGUGUAAAGUGCCGUUACAUCCGAGGUUACCAAAAAGUAACCAUUUUCCCAUUUUAUGUUUUUGAUAAUUUUUAUUACGUCUGUAGUGUCCUUGAGAUAUGAUGGCAUAUUUUUAACUAAAUCUUGUAGCCAAAUAUCAACAUAUUUAGAAAGAUUGGCUGAAACAGAUCCAAUGCCGGACACAAUCGGCCUACCUGGAGGAUUUUCUAAGUUUUUAUGUACCUUAGGUAAGGUAUAAAAUACAGGUACUCUGGGAAACUCAACUAGUAAAAAUUUAUAUUUAUUUUCAUUUAAAAUUCCUUCUUCUCUACCCCUUUUCAAAAGGGUCUCUAAUGAUGUUUUAAUCUCUGUGGUUGGAUCUCUUACCAGUAUCUUAUAUAUCUUUUUAUCUUCCAAUUGUCUAUGACAUUCUUUUAAGUACCUAGAGGUAUCUUGAAUCACAAUACUGCCCCCCUUAUCAGCAGGCUUUAUUAUUAUUUCCUUAUUCUUUCUCAAAUUUUGUAGGGCCUUAUGCUCAUUAUAGUUUAGGUUCAGAUCAUGUUUCUGCUUACAUUUCCCUAAUUUAUCAAAAUCCUCAAUGACCGAUUUUUCAAACAUAUCUAUAGCACUAGUUCGAUAAUUUUUUGGAUAAAAGUUUGAUUUAUUUUUUAAAACAGUAUGAUUAUCACUUUUCUUCACAUCUGUAUAUUUGUUAAUUUCAAAAAAACGUUUUAAAGUAAGUGUUCUAGAAUAUUUUAAUAUGUCAAUGUAUGCUGAGAAGGAGUUAAACUUUCUACUGGGGGCAAAUUUCAAACCCUUAUUAAGAGUUCUAAUUUCGUCAUUAUUCGGAACAAAGUUGGACAAAUUAAUUACUCCCUCCAGUUGGACAUUCUUCCUUUUUUUUCGCUGUUGUAUAUGGAACAAGUGAGACUCUAUUUGGCUACAGUGCUUUAUAACAAUUCAUCCUCAAUUUUGGUAGUCAGUUGUUCGGCAUGGUUUAGAAUUGUAGGACCUUCAGUGAGAUCAUUCCUGAAGCUAUUCUUUUCAGACAAUAAGUUACUUAUUAGGAACAAGCACAUAGAAAGUGAUUCUCUUUUCUAUUAGAUACUGCAAUCUAUCUUUUACCACUUGGUAGCCAAUGCACUGCUCGGAAUCAGUGGUAAUUACAUUUGACACUGUUUCUUUUUAUUUUAGGUGAAUCAUUGUAUUGUGUACUUUUUACUGUUUUUACUAGGUCUCCUUAUGUUUUCUUUAUUGGACUGAGGAGAUCCUCAAUGUAUAGCAUGUGAGUUUUAAAGUAGCCUUUUUAGGUCACAAAUUACAUUAAGAGCUAAAUUUUUAUCUCAUACAGGGCAUUGCACUCAACAAUCUGGAUGAUUGUCCUAAUUUCCUUAUGCUUUUUUUUUUUUUUCCAAUGUAUUUUAUUUUUCAGUUUUCAUUGGUCAUACAAAGCAUAAGAAGGAAAUAACGAGAGGACGGGGUACAGAAGGAAAAAAAGGGGAGGGCGCCAAUAUAUACAUUGUAUCAUGAGUAUACAAAUGCGUCUUUAACAACUGUUCGCAUAAUUAGGUAGUAGUCACAAUUCAACAGCUUUCAUAUACAUUUCAUAAUAUUGGUAGUUACAUACAUGUAUGCCUGAAUAUGUUCUAAGGCACUGGUUUGGUUCCUUAUGCCCUAACUGUUGGGGGAUGCAAGGGAGGGGAAAGAGGGGGGGAUUAGCGUUGGUGUUCUGUGUCAGCAGAUAUUAUAUUGUUAAAAGUUGUUACAAGUUGUUACAGUGGGUAACCUUCCUCACCUGGGAACCCUGGUGUUGUGCUAUGUAACUCGUAGUCCCUAUUGUGUCUAGCCGUACCUAUAUUCCACCCAUCUGCGCCACCUCGUUUCAUGUCUACUCUGUCUCUCAGUGAUACGACUUGCCAUGCGUUCGUAUGUAUAUAUCGAAUCCAGUCUACCUAGAAUCUCUGGUAGUGGGGGUGCCUGUGUGGAUUUCCACCUUUGGGCAAUUGCAGUUUUGGUUGCCAUUAGGGAGUGGAUCGUUAAGUAGCUUUCAUCUUCGUGGAGGUUGUCUGGGAAAAUGUGUAAUUAGAAGCACUCUGGUUUUGGAGGAACCCCAAUCCCUUGGCUUUUGCAAAGAAGUAUUUGUAUGUCUCGCCAUAAUGUUGUAAUCUGUGUGCAUGUCCAAAAUAUAUGGUAGAGGGUCCCCUCUUGUUUUUGGCAUCUCCAGCAAAGUUUGUUCGAUCCUGGAUAUAUAUGGGCCAGUUUGUUGGGGAUCAGGUACCAGCUCAUGGUUAGUUUGCAGUAUGUUUCCCACUGAUUGAGACUAUGUGAGGCCUGUUUUGUUUUCUUCUGAGCAUGGUGCCAUAUGGCUACUGGGAAUUGCAUCCCCAGGUCCAUUUCCCAUUUUGUCAUGUAGGAGGGUUUUGUUACUGUAUACUGGGUUAGUAGUGUGUUGUAGCAAAGGGAUAGUGCUUUAAUCUUGGGAAGUUUCCCCAUACACUUGUGGAUAAAUGGUGGUAGUAGAUUGGGUUCUUUCAAGCUAAGCCUGCUCUCUUGUAUUAUAUUUCUUAUUCUCAGGUAGGAGAAUAUUUCCCUAGGUGGAAUGAGGUAUUCCCUGGCCAUGUCGGGGAAUGGUUUGAUACCCUCUGGGGCCAGCAAGGAGCGUACCAGAGAGACCCCCCGACUGAGCCAGUUGUCUAGCUGCAGGUUAGUCGUUCGGGCAGCCAAGGCCUGAAGCGAUGCUGCAAGGAGUAGGUCAUUCUCUCUUAGGAAUAGUGGGGUAGUUUGCUUCCAGGUUUGGAGCAACGUUUCUGUGGCUGGUAGCAGGGUUUUGGUCUUUGUUAGUUUUGUGUUUGCCCAGAGAAGCAUUGGGAUUGUGCCAGUGGGCAGGCAUGCAUUCUCCAACGCUAGCCAUACCGGAGGGGACGGCCUCUCAAGGAUCGUAUGGCCUUGUGCCAGUAUUGAAGCUUUGUGGUAUAAUUUUAUGUUGGGUAUGCCCAGCCCGCCUUUUGUGAAUGAACGCCAAAGUGAGUUUUGUGCUAUUCUUGGGGGUUUCCGUUUCCAAAUGUGUGCAUUGAUCAUAGCCUGAAAGUUUUUUAGUAUGGGGUUCAGGAUUGUAAUGGGCAGGGUGCGGAAUAGAUAUAGGAUAUGUGGUAAAAUCAUCAUUUUUAUGGUGUGGAUGCGCCCAAACCAAGAAAUCUCUUUGUCCACCCAGGACUUGAGUUGUUGAUCUAGUCUGUGUAUGAGCGGUGUGUGGUUUUCCCGUAUUAUCAUUGAUUGUGAUGCUGGCAUUUUUAUGCCCAGGUACGAAAUGGAGGUUUUCCGCCAGUCAAAUGGGUACUGUAUUUUAAGGUGUGAUAGAAGGGUGUGAGGCAGCCCUACCGCCAGCUCUUGUGUUUUUUGGGCGUUAUUCUUGUAGUAAGACAUCUUUCCAGUAGAGUUAGCAAGUUUGGUAGAGAUGUCUCCGGGUGUGUUAAGAAGAGGAGAACAUCGUCUGCGAAAAGGGCUAUUUUUUGGUCCCCUAUUGGUGUUGUUAGGCCCUCAAUGUUUUGGUAAUUUUUAAUGUGUCUGAUUAGGGGUUCCAUACACAAGAUAAAGAUUAAUGGAGAGAGAGGGCACCCCUGUCUAGUACCAUUUGUUAUUUGGAAAGGUUGUGAUAAAAACCCGGAAUUUAAUAUUUUGGCUGACGGUUUGGAAUAAAAAAGUACCAUUAUGCAUUUCAGGAAUUCUGGUGGGACGCCCAUAUAUGUCAUUACAGACUGCAUGUAUGUCCAGCGUAAGCGAUUGAACGCUUUUUCCGCGUCUAGGGCUAGUAGUAAGCCCUUCUGGUUAGUGUUUUGGGCCCAAGUAAUUAAGUUCAAAAAGUGGCUAAUUUCCUUAUGCUAAUUUUAACUGCUAUAACCGGUUUUAGCUUAUCCUGGUAACCAAGUAAUCAAUAUAAUCUUACUACAAUAUUUAGACCACAUUUAUGGUCAAAUGGUGUCAGUGUCUUUGUAAAUAUUUUUAGUUAGGUUAGAGAGGAAUGUUAUUAGGGAAUGCAUAGCCUUGAGAUUUGUUGUCUUUAUAUUUUGUGGUCUGUCACUUUGACUAAAGUCCUCAAUAAUAAAAUUUACUAGAGGGCUACACUCUACUUGUCUCCUUCACUUGAAGAUGUUUAUUCAUUUUAGUUAAAUCAAGUUUAUGCCGUUUGCUUCAGAUGGUUCCUGAUUAAGACCAUUCCUACACACAUAUAUGAAUAUAGUUAUUCUAUUUCUAAAAGCAUUCUGUAAAUAAUAGAUCAUCAGUGUAUAUUCUCAGUUAGACUUUGCGUAGGGUUUGCUGUCUGAGUACUACUUCCAAGUUGAUUCUGAUUUGGACUGUCAAAUUUCCCAGGAGGAUCUCAACCCCGCAGGUGAGUCUCUGUUGUGCACUUUCAGAGUCGUGGAUGCUCUUCAGUCAUCCUUUCUGCAGGUAUCUGCUUUGGAUAAGGUUCUAUUGGUCACUGGAUCUGGCCUGUACCACUUUCAGGUACACCAAGCUGUUUCCUUCAUUAUUAACCAUGUCUGGGAGAAGCCUUGCUUUUGCUUUCCACAUAUUUUGCCCUAAAUAGGCAAGUAUGUGGGAAUCCGUUCAUAAGGCAGAUGAUAUUAUUUCCAACAAAACCACUAUUCCUCAGAAAGAUAGUUUCUCCUUAAAGCUUCUGUAGUACAAGCAUAAGCCCAAGGAUGAUAGCCUUCCAUAAAGAACGCCUGAGACAGGCUUCACAAGGUCUUUUUUAUGCAGAUAAUUAUUUCAGUUCAGGUACUUUGAGCUAAAACUUGCUAUACAAUAGUUAAUUUUCCAACAUUUCCCAAAUCGAUUAGUACUUUUGCUUAUUCCAUCUUGUAAAGCUAUUAUAUAUUAUUAUAUUUUAUAUGUGUACUGCAACUACAAUCGUUGUUCGUUUUUUUUUUUUUGUUUUUUUUUUGUUAAACAGCCAUAACACAGUCUUCAGCUCAUUGUAAAUAGGAAAUAUUGGUUUACACUCCUUCCUCAAUUAUAAAAAGCAUGAGACCUGGCAUCUGUGAGAAAGUGAAUGCAUUGCAAGCAAAGAACAUAGGCCUAUUGGCCUAGCAUUAACCUUUAUAAAUAAUAUAUUUUCCCAUAUUCCACUGUGCUCCAGUGAUUCAAUGUUGAUACAACCAUAUUUGGAGUUAGGAGUUUAAAGGAACGCAAGUUGUUAUGAUGCCAGGACAUCCCCUGGACACACUUUUAUCUCAAGGUGUUAAACAGUUCUAACCCCAAUGUUGCCUCUAGCGCUAUUCUCAGCUCUCCCUCAAGCAGUGUCUGCCUACUGAAAUUUUGCUAUCAGGAAGAGCAGAGUGCCACGGGGCAGGGGCGCCACUGAUUGGCUGAGAGCGCUUAGCUCACACACUCAGCCAGUCAGAGACUCCUCAUUCACAAAACUGGCUUGAAAGUAAAUAUACCUUUUCCAAGCUAGUUUUAUGAAUGGGGAGUUACUGAUUGGCUAACAGCGUCAGCUGUCAUUUGAAUGACGUUAUUAUGGUACCUAAAGGCUACUAAACUGUCCCUUUAAGCUGGACAAUUAUGCUCCAUUUUUAUCCCUUUCACUGUUGAAGCUAAAGUGCCAGGGGUUUUACAAUGCUCUCAAACUGGAGGACUGGGCAAAAAGCUUUGUGGAAGUUGUAGUUUAUUGACAAAUGGGGAUCUACCUUUGUCCUCCCCUGCUCUACAAUGUCACUGGUACAUACAGGGAAGAUUACAUAACAUUUAACACGCAAGUGAAAAACUACAGACAAGCAUUUACAAGGCUGAUUUCAGUAUGAGCCUCCAUCAUUCAUGAACCUUUCAAAUCAUAACAUAUGAAUUUAAAAUUGGGUAAAUCUUUGAACAGAUAGAACUCUUGGCAAAGAAUUAGGUAAUGACGUAUCAUUGCUUACUUUACAGUGCCAGUGUGUUGUGUGUACAGACAUGUCCAUCCAGUUUUAUAAUGUGUCUUCUAUCUGUUUUACUUUUUAGAGGUCCUCUAACAGCUCCAGCAACACUGGGUACACAUCGCCGCCUUCUAGAUCCAUCAUCAUGCACAUCUAUGCUUCAAAAUGGAAGUAAUGUUAGUACAGACAGCAGCCUCCCUCCAGCCAGCCAUGAUUCCAGGUGCAUCGAGGCAGAAUACAAAUAAUAAUAUUGAUGUAUUGAUACUGAUAUUGUUACUAAUACUCAAGUUAAUUGUACUUCUUUUAUAAACUUGGGAAAGAUGAAAGACAGAGUUCAAGUAGCUCAUCCCCAAGAGAAGUUCUUUCUGUAUGCUAUAAAUUUACAGUUAGCUAGUUCACUGUUUUUUGAUCCAGGCUAUGUUAAGCUCUCAGUAGAGCUGUGGCUCUAUGGCUUAUUUAUUUCUCCUGGAAAAGGGCGCACCGCGCAAAACUGAUAUUAGGCAGCCGAAACUAAGCCUUCUGCCUGCGUGAUGGACAGAUCUAAGAGGCAGGCUUAGAGCUGCAGUAAUUUUCACAUAUUUUUGUCGUAGCGGACAGUAGGCUCAGAAUAUUGUAUGCUUUAUCACCUUUGCAUUUCUGCAAAGUUGUUAUUGUGGUUGGGCUGAGUUGUAACCAAUUACAAAUUGUAUUUUACAGUGGUAAAUUAGAUUGGUACAGUUGUACUGACAAAUUAUUAACUAACUAGCUGAUAAUUUGGUAGGUUAGAAUUAAAAUACAUCAAAAAUAUGUUAAAACAAACAAAUCUUAAUCACAUACUUUUAUAGUGGGUAGCUUUACAUUUCUUUACCUACUCUGAGAUCAAGAGACAGCUCGGAAAAGUUUGGAAACACUUUUGGACAUGAAGUAACCCACAUAUAAAACGUAACUUUUAUUAGAAAUCUCAUAAAACCAUUAAUAUGGUAGUAUAUUGAAAUUUUUUUUUUUUAAGUCCCUACAAUCGGGACUGAACAUAGUAUAGAUUACUGAUUUGAAAUAAUGUCCUUAUUAAAUCUGGAAUAGCUAAUAAAUAUAAAGUACAAAAUUAAAUAAUACUUUGUAUUCAUUAGCUAUUCCAGAUGCAAUAAGGACAUUAUUUUAAAUCAGUGAUUUAUACUGUUCAGUCCCGAUUGUAGGGACUUUAAAAAAAAAAAAAAAAAAUUCAAUAUACUACCAUAUUAAUGGUUUUAUGAGAUUUCUAAUAAAAGUUAAAGGGACACUAUGGUCACCUGGACAACUUCAGCUUAAUGAGGUUGUUCAGGUGAGAACUAUAGCUCCCUGCAGCCUAUCUCAUGUAAACACUGUGUUUUCUGAGAAACCCCUCCAGCUGCAGUAACUCAGAGUGAACCAGAGGGACUUCGGAGUUGAUGGAGGCAUGAUAUGCCUCCAUCCACUCAGAUCUGUUGUCAGCAGAGCACAGGGCAACACUGUGCACAGCAUCCUGUGAUUCAGUAUCUCCUCCCUCUGCAUUCAGACACUGAACUUUCCUCAUAGAGAUUCAUUGAUUCAAUUCAACUCUAUGAGGAGAUGCUGAUUGGCCAGGGCUGUGUUUGAAUCAUUCUGACUUGAAUACAGUAAGAUUUUGCUAUAUUUAUGGAGGCAUGAGGGGCCCAGGUGGGCUAGUUGGUUGUGUUAACACUAUAGGGUCAGGAAUACAUGUUUGUGUUUCUGACCCUAUAGUGAUCCUUUAAAUGUUAUAUGUGGGUUACUUCACUUACGUAAAGGGUUCUUUUUCCUUCCUCCCCUUUUCCACUCAGUUGUUGCUUAUUAGUAUUACUCUCAUAUAAAGUAUUUUCACUUUUGUACAUGUUCAAGUUAUGACACGUCUGCGGGAUAUUAUGGGACAGAUUUCCGUUAUUGCAUCACUAUAAAUUGGUGCACUGCUUAAAAGGGAUUAAAUGUAUAUUCCACUGGGCUUGCCAUAUAACAUGGUGGAAAAACGUGACACUGUCAAAGUGUUAUAGCUAACACAACUGGAUAGAUCUACAUACAUAGGUCUAUUGUUAUUCAUUUGGUUGGAUCAGUAUACAUUUCCAUAUAAAAGAAAAACAUUGUUUUUGUAUUUUUUUUUAAGACUGAAUGUUUUGUAUUUAUAACUCCCUUAUUCCUGACAUGUCCACAGUUCUAGAGAUUCUCGGCCCAGCUCGGGGCUAUCGUUACUUUCUUCAGCUGGUGCCUUCUCUGAUCACCGUUCCUCCUCUCAACCAACCCCUGUUAUUAAUAUUCACUCACCUCCAGAGGACAAAAUAGAACCACUGGACCUGUCCAGCCUUGUGAAAAGAGCAGACACAACACCAGGUUUGGAACAGAAAAAUAAAUACUGUAUUCUUUUUCUACAUGGACUUGCGAUACAUUUAAAAAAUCGUGUACUCUAAUAAUAGAUGCUUACAAAGAAAAGUAAAUUGCUCCAAAAAUAAUUUGACAGUCAAGGUAACAUAUUAUUACAAGAAAUAAAUAUACCACUUACAUAUUUUGUUAUAUUGAUUGCACUUUCUCUAACUUUGCUAAUUAUCUUCCAGCACCUUAAAUAUUGUACACAAUAGAUGAAAACCUCAAUCCCACUACUUAACAGCCACUAUUUUGUUACUUUCUUUAUUAUACACAGCAGAGGAGCAGAGUACAGGAAAUACUCCAGAUACACCACGAAUGCAAUCUUCUACACGGUCUGAACUAGGAGCAUCAAAGUCCAAAUCUUCUUCGUCUUCCCGCCUAUCCACACGCACAAGCCGUCCAGGUUCAAAUACCAAACCCAUCUUGCCUCCUAUACCAUGUGGACGCAAAAAAUUGUCAACCUAAUAUAGUGUAGAACUAAGCUACACCUGAUUGUGGUCAUAUUGUUAGUACAUUUUAAUAUAGAUAGUAUGGUUAAAUUCCAGAUUCCACUAAUAAAUCCAUAUCCAAAAUCAUCCUUCUUCUCUUCUUCUCUUCCUGACAAAGGCUGGUUUUAUCACUAUUAGAGUACUCUAAGCACCUUAACCUAUACAGCCCCACUGGAAUGCUUGUGGUACCAGGAGUGCCCUAGCACUAUCACACUGUUAAGAGUGAAACCAUUUUCAAAUGACUUGACACUUAUCUGACCUGGAUCCCAUGGACACCAGUACUAUGGCUCCUCUUCACAGAAAUAAGAAAAAAAAAAAUAACUAAAAAAGUUCUGUUGAAAUAUUCAAAAAUAGUUUUUUUUUCUUAAACACUUUUCACCUCACUUGCCCCAGCCUGUCUUAGGGUCAUCAUAACCUUCCUAAUCACACAAAACACUCAUUGGUGACACCAGGACCGGUGGAGUUUAAAUCAAACUCCACAUAAUUUAUUCACUUUGUCCUAUUCUGUCAAUUUUGAUAGUGUUGAGUCACCUCCUCCCAGUGAUGAAGCUUGAAAAUCCUAACGAAUCGAAUAUACACAUGCUUUUACUCAGAACCCUAGGGAGGGCAGAGUAAAACCUUUUCAGGGGGCGCAAUAGUAGACAUAGGUACUGUUAAGACCUGGUGGUACCAGCAUGACAUAAAAAUGUAAGUAGGACAAGUCCAAUGAUCACCAAUGAGCGUUGUGUGUGGCUAGGGAACCCCAUUACUUUUUUAUUUGUCCCCUUAAAUUAAUCUGCUUAGAAAGUAACUUUCUAAAACAACAUAAUUUCAGGGGGUUGGGGAUGACAUAGAUGCUUUAUCAGUGACAUACCUACUACAGCACAAUUCAAGCUUAGAGUGCUCCUUUAAGUGUACAUUCUAUUUUCUUUUAAAUAGCACACAUAAUUGUGUGAUAAACUUACAGACUGUAAUAAUUUCAAAAAAUGUAACAAUAAACAUGACUUGUCCUUCUUUUUUAUAAGUGAUUGAGCUCAAAAGAACUAUAUGAAAUAUAACCAUAUUCCUACAGUUAUUAGCCUGCAUAUUCAAAAUACGAACAUCUUUAUGAUCUCAAACAUGUCAAUAAAUCAAAAUUUUGCUUCAACCUGGCUUCCUUUGUAUAGUAUCUGCAGUUGGGCAGCAAGUGGUGGCUUAUAUGUAGAUUAAGAACUGGUACUAGAGGUAUAAAAUAAUUUCUUUCCAAUAGUAAUAAGAAAUGGCAGGCAUCCUAAAGUGUGAAUUGAACAGCAAAUGUUUUUGGUGAGAAUAGCCAAACUUGGGAACAAAAAAAAAUCUAAUCAUCAGUGAUUUCAGGUCAGUUACUGUGAAAAUUAAAAUGAUUUAACCCUUUCACUAUUAAUCACAGUAUUAACCCUGGAUCUUUUUGUCAGCUAUGGCAGUUAAAAAUUUUGUAACCCCCAUCCUUGCUGUCUGAUCCCUGUACUGUACAGCAAGCAUGUCAAACUCAAAGUCUGGCACAGG